GGGAAAGGUGUUUUCCCGUCUUCGAUCGAGUUAUAGCGCUACUUCGAUUCGCGCGCGGCCUCCAGCAAGAUCAUUCGGUUUCGUCGCUGCUCGAUUGUAGAAGUCUUUUGCGUUUUUUUUUUUGUUCGCUGGAACUAGGUGCGGGUGCAUGAAAAUGUGCUCUAAAUACGUGUGUUUUACUGGCAGUUGAAGUACGGCUAGAUAGAUUGAGGACCGUGUUGUAUCGGUGACUUGCUGCUGUUGCUGCUGCUAUUGCUGUUGCUGGUGUUCAUGUUCUACAACCAGCAAAGGUGCAAACAACGGCGGAGAUUUUAACGCUUGUCCGCUGCCGCAGAUUGUAGGAUGUUUCUGUCGGUUAUGGAUAAAUGUUAAAUGAAUACCGUUUGGCGGCAGUGGUAUUUUUUUUCUGAGAAAAUGUGAAAUGUCAAACGAAGUCAGCAAAAAGUGGCAAAACGUGUCGGGGAUCUCUUUUCAAAUCAAGUGAAUGAUUGCCGACUGGUUUUCGGUUCGGUGAGGAAUGAAACAGUGAGACGGAAUAGCGAGAAGUCUAGCCUAAUGCUAAUUAGUGCCGCAGCAAAUUCUAUAGGUGGCAAAUUCGAAAAUUGGUAUGGAAAUUUCGUCUAAACAUCAUUGAUCACGGAAAUAGAAAUAAGGAAAUAAAAUACACAGUGGAAAUUAUAGCCCAGAAAAGUGAAGUGAAACUGGCGGAUUUGAAUUGAUAGUUCGAGAAUUACAAAUGAAAAGGUGCUACUGUAGUGCAUGGAAGUGAACAGUGAUGUGCGUUACAGUGGAACGAUUUCCGAAAGAGACAAGAUUGGAAAUUUUUUCCCUAUGCUGGAUGGUGAUCACCGAGCCUUCGGGUCCCCUAGGACAAGUUGUCAAAAGCAAGCAAAAAUGAAAAUAUUUUUGCCAUUAGUGGUGUGGAUUGUGCUGUUUUUUCGGACGGCGAGUGCCCAGUACUCGGCGUCCCGGAAAAAUGUCGGCAUAUUCGGACUAAAGCACGAAGUGUUUUUUCUGAAUCUAGAGGAUGGUUACUUCGGCUGCCAAGUCAACGAGUCCACAGACUUCCUGCAGCUGUACGAGCUGUCCAAACUGUGUGAUGGCACAUCGGACUGCUACAUGGGCUCCGAUGAGCUUAGAAAUAAGUUAAAAUGUACAAAUGAUUGUGAUAAAGAAGGCACGGCUUGUUCCAACGGAGCGUGCUUAGAAGGCCAAUGCCAUUGUAAUGAUGGCUUUGGAGGAUGCAACUGUCAAGUUCCAGACGAAAACGAGUGUAAAUAUCGACCCUGUGACGUUUUCGCGCACUGUACAAAUACUUUAGGUAGCUUUACUUGCACGUGUUUCCCUGGCUAUCGAGGCGACGGAUUCCAUUGCGAGGAUAUUGACGAAUGUCAGGAUCCCGCGAUCUCCGCUCGAUGUGUGGAGAACGCAGAAUGCUGCAAUUUACCAGCGCAUUUUGUGUGUAAAUGUAGGCCAGGUUUCGAAGGUGACGGAGAGGAACGAUGUACAGACAUCAACGAGUGCCUCGAUCCACAGGCUUGCGGAGUAAACGCCGAGUGUGUCAACUUCCCCGGUAACUACACGUGCCUGUGUAAAGAUGGCUUUGUCGGUGAUCCGUAUAAUGGCUGCGGAGAUAUCGACGAAUGCGCCCAGCCAGGUGUUUGCGGACCCGGUGCCAUAUGUACGAAUCUUGAGGGCAGUUAUCGCUGCGACUGCCCUGCAGGGUUCGAUGGAGAUGCACGCUCGGCUCAGGGUUGUGCCGACUUCGACGAGUGCACGCGGUCACCAUGCGGAAGGAAUGCUCUGUGCCGAAACGACGUCGGGAGCUUUCGAUGCGAAUGUGCUGAAGGUUUCCAUGGUGAUGCUAUGACGGACUGUCAAGAUAUUGACGAAUGCUCGAAUAACCCAUGUGCCGUUGGUGCUAAAUGUACCAAUACGCCUGGUGGCUUCCGGUGUAGCUGCCCGACGGGAAUGACCGAAUCGGGCAGUGAGUGCGUCGACAUUAACGAGUGUGCUAGAUCUAACGCUUGUGGAGAGAAUGCCAAGUGCAUCAACUUUCCCGGGUCAUAUAAAUGCUUGUGCCCGCAGGGCUUCCAAGGACGAGGAGAACUUUUUUGUAAAAAUGUAAACGAAUGCCUAGAUAAUCCGUGUGGGGAGAAUGCGAUAUGCACGGAUACGGUUGGUAGCUUUGUUUGCUCGUGUAAACCAGAAUACACAGGAGAUCCAUUUCGAGGAUGUGUCGAUAUAAACGAGUGUACGGCAUACGAUAAACCGUGCGGUAAUCAUGCAAUAUGUGAAAAUGCCAAUCCCGGAUACAACUGCCUGUGUCCUCAGGGAUACGUGGGGAAACCAGACGCAAAAAUUGCAUGCGAACAAGCCGAUGUCAACAUACUGUGUACCAGCAACUUUGACUGUACUAACAACGCCGAAUGUAUCGAAGGACAGUGCUUUUGUCAAGAUGGAUUCGAACCACAAGGAUCUAGCUGCAUCGACAUAGACGAGUGUCGCAUGGACAGCAAAGUUUGUGGGUCGUCGGCUAUGUGCAUCAAUACUCCUGGUUCCUUUAAAUGUCAAUGUGAGGCUGGAUUCAUUGGAACCCCACCAAGGAUUCAGUGCAAAACACCCUGUGCUGAUGUUAAGUGUGGGAAAAAUGCGUAUUGCAAGGCUGAGGGACAGGAGGCAUUUUGCAUUUGUGAAGAAGGUUGGACAUUCAAUCCAGCCGAUAUUUCUGCAGGUUGCGUAGAUAUAAAUGAGUGUGACCCUUCACAAGGACCAAGUGGACGGUGUGGCGUUAAUGCAAUUUGCUCCAAUCAACCGGGUAGCUACAGUUGCCAAUGCCCGUCGGGGUUUACUGGUGACGCCAACCGGCAGUGCUACGACAUAGAUGAAUGCUUAAGGCCCAAUGCUUGUGGUGAAAAUGCUAUAUGUAAGAAUCUUGACGGAUCCCACCAAUGUUCUUGUCCCGACGGUUCUAUUGCUGAUCCCGAUCCUAGUGUAAGGUGUAUAACCAUUGUAACAUGUACCAAAGAUCACGACUGUCCUGGUAAUGCGAUUUGCGAUGCUCAAAAACGCUGUCUUUGUCCGGAACCAAACAUUGGAAACGACUGCCGGCAUCCUUGCGAAAACAUUGUUUGCGGUCCUAACUCACACUGCAUGCUGGUGAAUGGCGAAGCCCAAUGUUUGUGUAGCGAAGGGUUCACCGGUCAUCCCGGACAAUGUGUCGACAUUAACGAAUGUGCUGGUAAUCCAUGUCCUAGUGGAGCCAUUUGCUCCAAUCUGCCGGGAGGGUAUACAUGCCAGUGUCCGGGUGGAAGCUCUGGGGAUCCAUACUCCGGAGGUUGCUCUAAAUCUGCUUUGCACACAUGUAACGAAAAAAAUCCAUGUCCUACGGGUGAAAAAUGUAUACAAGAUGCAUACAGCGGGAAUAGUGUUUGUAUUUGUGGGCAAGGCUAUAAACGUAACUCGAAAGGUUCAUGUAGAGAUGUUAAUGAGUGCAAAGACCCAAACAAACCAGCAUGUGGCGUUAACGCUAUUUGCAAAAACCUACCCGGAAGUUACGAAUGCCAAUGUCCUCCGGGGUUCAACGGAAAUCCGUUUCUCUCUUGCGAAGAAUGCAAUAGUUUAGAAUGCAAAUGCCCUGCUCCAUACAAAUUUGUUGACGGAAAUUGCGUUUUGGAUAGCUGUUCGCCCAACGGAAAAUGUCCGGGUGGUGCUGAAUGCAUCUCGAUCACCGGAGGCGUAAGUUAUUGUGCUUGUCCGAAAGGUUUCCGAACUCAAACAGAUGGAAAAUGCGAAGACAUCAACGAGUGCUCUGAAGGUCGGCAGGUAUGUGGGUACGAUGCACUCUGCAUGAACACUAUUGGAGGUUACGAAUGUAAAUGCCCGUUGGGAUACUCUGGAGAACCGUAUCACGGAUUAUGUGCACUUGCCCAGAAACGUUGCUCUGCUGAUCGAGAAUGUGGUGCAAAUGAAAAGUGCGUGCAGCCAGGUGAAUGUGUGUGCCCUCCACCAUUCUAUAUGGAUGCUUAUGAUGGAAACAAAUGCAAAAGCCCAUGCGAACGCUUCCCUUGUGGUAUUAAUGCACGCUGCACCCCGUCUGAUCCUCCACAGUGUAUGUGUGAGAUUGGCUACAAAGGUGAUCCUUUGACCGGUUGCGUGGAUGAAGAUGAAUGCGCAAAUACCCCAUGUGCAUAUGGAGCACAGUGCAUAAAUCAGAAAGGUGGAUACAAAUGCAUAUGUCCGAAAGGAAUGGUCGGAGAUGCAUACAAAGGAGGUUGCAUACUUGAGGAAGGAUCGAUUAGAAGCCAGUGUCGCCGAAAUGAAGAUUGUGCUGAUACUUUAGCUUGCGAACGAGGAACAUGUGUUAGCCCAUGUAGUGGUUUGCUAUGUGGAUCCAACGCGUAUUGCGAACCAGAAAAACAUGCUGCUUGGUGUCGAUGUAGAGUAGGUUUCGUUGAAGGUCGUAACGGAGAGUGUGUGUCACAAUGCAACGGAUUUAUGUGCGGUCAGGGUGCUAUUUGUAUUGUUACAAGUAGUGGACCAACCUGCAAAUGUCCUCCUGGCGAAUUAGGCAAUCCAUUUCCUGGUGGUUCAUGUGUUACCGAUCAGUGCUCCGGAACUCGUCCAUGUACCGAGCCACAGGUUUGUAUCAGCGGACGGUGUAAGCACAAAUGUGACAGCGUCGUUUGCGGUGUCGGGGCAACCUGCGAUAGUGCAACGGGAAAGUGCAUAUGUGAACCAUUCUUUGUUGGUAACCCUGAAAUGCUUUGUAUGCCUCCCAUCACUACACCUGUAUGUGAACCAGAUUGUGGGCAAAACGCACAUUGCGAGUAUGGAGUCGUUCAAAAUACUUGCCAAUGCAAUCCAGGAACUAGCGGCAACCCGUAUGGAAUUUGUGGUACCAAACAAAAGAACACUUGUAGCCGUACAACUUGUGGAAGAAAUGCAGAAUGUCGUGAAUCACUAAAUGCAGUCGAAUGCAUAUGUCCGAAUGGUUAUAUCGGCAAUCCCUAUGUUCAAUGUCAAGACAUUGAUGAAUGCUCAACGAGCAACGUAUGCGGGGAUGGUGCUGUAUGUAUCAACACAGCCGGAAGCUUCGAUUGUCGCUGUAAGCCAGGUCAUACAGGAAAUCCAUUCACUAUGUGCUCCCCGGUUGAAAAAAGUAUUUGCGAUAACCCAAGACACUGCCAAUGUGGAAAGAAAACUCAGUGCCCGCCAGGAUACAUCUGUGAUCGAGGACACUGUAAAGAUUUAUGUGCUAAUGUCAACUGUGGACCACGUGCUGCCUGUGACUCGGGAAGGUGCGUUUGUCCACCAGGAUACACUGGAAACCCAAAAGACCUACGGAAUGGAUGUGUUCAGGAAGGUCAAUGCGAUAAUGAUGCAAACUGUAAGAAUAAGGAAAUUUGCUUUCAAUUUGGAAAAGGACUCCGAAAAUGCGUGGAUGCUUGCAGUAAACUACAGUGUGGACCAAAUGCCUUGUGCGUUUCCAACGAUCACCGAUCUACCUGUAUCUGUUCCAGUGGUUAUGUUGGUAACCCUGGCGACCUAACAUUUGGAUGUCAAAAAGAAGCCAAGAUUGUGGAAGGUUGCAAGGAUGAUAUGUCAUGUAGCGAUGGAAAUAUCUGUGCGCUUACCGAAACUGGCUUACGAUCGUGUGUUAGUCCAUGUAGUGCUGUCGAAUGUGGUGUUAAUGAAGUUUGUCAACCGGAUAAGCAUAACAAUCCUAUCUGUCACUGCCAGGACGGAUUUCUGUGGAAUCCAGCAAUGUCAGUAUGCGAGAAACCUUCUAUUCCUGAUUGUACUAACGAUGAUGACUGUCACCAAGUAGCUGCAUGUCGUCAAGAUGCCUUGGGAGUGCUAAAGUGCACCCAAGUUUGCGCAGAAUUUACUUGUCCGGCAAAUUCGGUCUGUGUUACUUCAAACCACCGAGGCAGCUGCCAAUGUUUACCUGGAUAUACUGGAAAUCCCAAUGAUCGAAACGGCUGCCGUCCAGAGCUCCAGGAUAAAUGUCUCACUAGUGCGGAAUGCUCGGAAUCGGAUUCCUGCGUGACAUAUAAAGGUGCACUGGCUUGUCGACCUGCUUGUGAAAAUGUGCAAUGCGGCCCUCAUGCCAUUUGCAUUAGUAAUAACCAUAAUGCACAGUGCCAAUGCCCACCUGGGUCGUUCGCAGGAGAUCCAUAUGAUUUAAAGAAGGGAUGUCAAUCUGUACCUUGCGUUUACAACAACGACUGUCCACCGACUCAAAUGUGUAAUCGAAUUACUCACACGUGCUAUGAUAUCUGCCAAGAAGAUACCUGUGGAACAAAUGCAGUAUGUAUAGCUGAAAAUCACCGCUCCAUUUGUCAGUGUCCACCCGGUUACAGAGCGAAUCCAAUAGCUGAAGUUGAGUGUGCUCCUUUAAAAUCGUGUGAACCAAAUCCCUGCCAUCCGUCGGCUUUAUGUGAGGCAGGGCCAGAUGGCCAUAUCUGUAAAUGUCCUUCAGGUCAAGUAGGAGAUCCGAUGACCGGUUGUCGACCAGAAGGUGCAUGUCCGAAUGGAGACAUUCAAUGUCCUGAGAAUUCUGCAUGUGUCAAUGGUAGAUGCGUCGAUGUCUGCGCGAAUGCAUGUGGAAUCAAUUCAAAAUGUAAUGUUGUAAAUAGGACACCGGUGUGCGAAUGUAGAGCGAAGUAUGUUCCAGGAUUAACGGGAUCAGCGCGGGACGGUUGUGUCCGUCAAGUCAGUACAUGUAUUAGUGAUUUGGACUGCGGAGGAGAUAUUUGUCAAAAUGGUCAAUGCAUGGUUGCAUGCCGCAACUCAAACGACUGCUCGGAAGGAGAACGCUGUGUUAACAGUGUAUGUACGCAACCAUGUUCCAGUCAUAGCCAGUGUGGCGAUGGACAGGCAUGCAUCAGUGGUAGUUGUCUGAUUGGUUGCAGAAACAAUAAGGACUGUAGUAGUUCUAAAGCUUGUAUCAGCAAUAAAUGCAGUGAUCCUUGUGAAUCGGAAGGAACAUGUGGACCAAACUCAGUUUGUAACUGUGUGAAUCAUAUACCGAGCUGCAAGUGUCCGCCUGGAUUUGAAGGAAACCCAAUUCCAGAGCAAGGAUGUGUGCGGAUGCCCUCUCCUUGUACCACUUCUACUGAGUGUGCCAUAGGGCACAUGUGCAUCGCAAACCAGUGUAAUCUUCCUUGUUCUGAAACAACGAUGUGUGCAGUUGGAGAAAGAUGUCACAACAGCAUGUGUGCUAAGGUUUGCUACACUAACAACAAUUGCCUCCCAGGAGAGGUGUGUAACGAAGCAGGAACGUGCCAACCGGGUUGCAGUACGGAUACUGAUUGUCCAUCCCAGAAAGUGUGCCUAGCAAGCAAAUGUAAAUGUAUGAAGGGUUUCAUCGGUACUCCAUCGGGUUGCGCUGAUAUUGAUGAAUGCUCAGAUAAUCCAUGCCAUUCAUCAGCACUCUGUGAAAAUAUUCCCGGAUCAUAUCGAUGUUCCUGCCCUGCGGGAAAAGUUGGCGAUGCUUACUCAAAUCCGGGAUGCCGUUUAUCGAAUCAAUGUUAUAAGAAUACAGAUUGCGCGGAAAACUUAGCAUGCAAUGAAGGGAAAUGCAAAGAUCCUUGCCAGUUAACAAUGUGCGGAGCAAAUGCCGAAUGUCAUACUCUCGAUCAUGUAGCAGAGUGUCAAUGUCCACCAGGACAUCUGGGAGAUGCUCGUGAUACGUCAGUUGGUUGUUUCCGUGUUGAGUGUUUAGAAAACGACGAUUGCGGCCAGGAUAGAAAAUGUUUAAGAGAAACAAAUAAAUGCAUGAAUCCUUGCGACCAAGUCGAUUGCGGUAAAGGGGCCUGCCAUGUCGAGAAUCACGAAGCAAUUUGUACAUGCUUACAAGGAUACGAUGUAGUUGAUGGACGUUGUGAAGACAUAGACGAAUGUGAAACUAAUCCAUGUCAUAAGAGCGCUAGGUGUCAAAAUUCUCCCGGAACUUACACCUGUUCUUGCCCAGAGGGAUUGGUUGGAGAUCCUAUCCAUACCGGAUGCAGAAGUCCAGAUGAAUGUAUUACAAACUCGGACUGUCCAACAUCGGCAGUCUGUGAGCAAUCACGUUGCAAAAAUCCAUGCAGCAUCAAAAAUGCCUGCGGUGAAAAUGCUGUGUGUACAGCUGUAGGUCAUGCAGCAGUGUGUGAGUGUGCAUCAAAUACCCGUGGAGAUCCGAAAGUUAAAUGUCGUAAAAUUGAGUGCUCAGAAAGCAACGACUGCUCCCCUAGUCAAACAUGUAUCAACUACAAAUGUGUCGACCCGUGCUCAUUGACAAAUGCUUGCGGUCAAAGUGCAAAUUGUUUGUCAGAUAAUCAUUUAGCGAUUUGCUCAUGUCAACCGGGAACAACCGGAAAUCCACUACUAGGAUGCGUUCCACUACAGUACUGUAACAGUGAUCAACAAUGUCCUGCUGGAACUAAAUGUAAUGCGGGUGUAUGUUGCACCCUAUGCUCGAGUAAUCGAGAUUGUAUCAGUGAUCAACUGUGCAUCCAAGGAGUUUGUCAACCAACUUGUCAAACCAAUUCCAGUUGUCCUGACUUCCAAUUUUGUCACAACAACAUUUGCACCCAGGAAUUCAAAUGUCGCUCAAACGACGAUUGUGAUCCUGAUGAAACUUGCACCAUAGAUGCAACAGGUCGCUCGGAAUGUAAAAACGCUUGCUCGGGACGAGUUCUUUGCGGAAGAAAUGCUGAGUGCUCAGCCAGAGAUCAUUCAGCAGUUUGUGGGUGUAAAGAAGGAUUUUAUCAGGAUAACAGUGGCACUUGUCGAAAAAUAGAAUGUCAAACAGAUAACGACUGUUCAAGUGAUAAGACCUGUGAAAGCCAUACGUGUAAGAUUGCGUGCCUAAUAGGUGAGCCGUGUGGAUCUAAUGCUCUCUGUUCGGCCGAAGAUCAUAAACAGGUUUGUUACUGUCAGCCAGGAUUUACAGGAGAUCCGAAAUCAGGCUGUACUUUGGUUGAUUUUUGCAAGCAAUCUCCGUGUGGACCGAACGCGAAAUGCCGAAACAGUCGCGGAUCUUAUCGGUGCGCAUGUCCUUCUGGCUUGGUAGGAGAUCCCUACAGUAGUGGAUGCAAAAAGGCAGCCGAAUGCGAAAAGAAUUCCGACUGUCCAGAUGUAGCGAUUUGUGAUAAGUCGAACGCAGAACCCAAAUGUCGUGACGUAUGCGAAACAGUUAAUUGCAGCCCGAACGCGGAAUGUCAAUCGAGGAAUCACAAUGCCGUGUGCCUAUGUAGGAAUGGCUAUGAAGGUGAUCCGAACGACCGCCUUAACGGAUGUAGGCCAGUAACUGUACCGUGCAAAUUAAAUAGCGAUUGUCCAGAAAAUUCAUACUGUAAUAGGCAAAUAUGCAAACCGGCUUGUUCGAGUACCGAAGAAUGUAAUCAGGAUGAAGUCUGCUCCAAAGGACAGUGCCUCAACCCUUGCCAAGAACCGAAUGCCUGCGGGAUGAACGCGGACUGCCUUAUGGCAGGACAUUCCAAACAAUGUUCCUGUCCUCACGGAUUCACUGGUGAUUCUGCAUUGGAGUGUGUAAGAAUUCCAACCUUAUGCGCCUCUAAUACUGAUUGUGUAGCAGGGACAUCUUGUCAUGAAUCGAUGUGUUUGCCAAGAUGUGGCACCGAUCAAGAUUGCGCUUUGAACGAGAAAUGUAUUGGAAACAAAUGCAUGCUUACGUGCCGUCUGGAUAACGAUUGCUUCCUUGGACACAUUUGCUUGAAUGGUCGCUGUGUCUACGGAUGCCACACGGAUGAUGACUGCAGUGCUAGUGAAACGUGUCGAGCUAAUCACUGUACUGAUCCAUGUCGCGAUAACCCUUGUGGCCCCAACGCUGCCUGCACCGUUGUCAACCACCGGGCUAGCUGUUCCUGUAUCAGUGGAAUGGUACCAAGUCCAACGGCGAAAAUUGGCUGUGUUCGUGCCCCAGCACUCCAGUGUACAGCUAAUCGAGACUGUGUCGAUGGAACGCAAUGCAUUGAAAACCAGUGCCGCCCUGUUUGUGCAAACGAUCAAGGAUGUCUGAAUAACGAACGAUGCGACCGUGGAACUUGCAAACCGAUUUGUAGGCGAGACGACGAUUGUCGAACGGGAGAGGUUUGUCAAGGACAAACGUGCAUGGUCGGAUGUCGAUCUGACGCUGGUUGUGCUUCAAAGCUAUCAUGCAUUAACCAACAAUGCGUGGAUUCUUGCACGGAACCCACCGCUUGUGGCACUAACGCCCUCUGUUCCGUUUCGAACCACAGAAAACUGUGUUCUUGUCCACCACCACUUAUUGGAGAUCCACUUACAGGAUGCCAUGCUGAACAACGAUCAUGCCAAACAAGAUCCGACUGUCCAAAAGGAUAUACAUGCUAUGGGAAUACGUGUAUGUCAGCCUGCCGCAAUGAUCAAAACUGCUUGACUGAUGAGAGGUGCAUUCGUGGUACUUGCAGAACGGUAUGUAACAGCGAUGCCUCUUGCUCUGAUGGAUUGAUCUGUGAAAAUAGAGUGUGUCAAGCAGGAUGCCGAACAGAUAACAACUGUCCUACUAAUCAAGCAUGCGUCAACAAACAGUGCACUGAUCCUUGUACGGUUCUCGGUCAAUGUGGUACAUGUUCGGAGUGCACUGUAGCUAAUCAUGGAGUUCAAUGCAGUUGUCCGAAUGGUUACCUCGGAAAUCCUCUAGUAUCCUGUUCACCACCACCACAAAAAUGUAAUUCCUAUUGCUACUGUGACGAAGAAGGCGUGUUUUGCGCUGAUAAAUGCCGGCAAGCUAAAGACUGUGCUUGUGGACAAACAUGUUCCCGAGGAAGAUGUCGCACAAAGUGUAAUCCUGGGGCCUGUCCUGCUGGACAGUUAUGUCAAAAUGGAGCAUGCAUAGCAGGUUGCCGAUCAAACACGGAUUGCGCAGCGGAGCGAUCAUGCUCUAAUAAAAAAUGCGUUGAUCCCUGCGCUGGAGGAAAAGCAUGCGGAAAGAAUGCUAUGUGCCGAGCGUCUGAUCAUCAGGCCUUCUGUUUGUGCCCUGACGGGUAUCAAGGAGAUCCACGCGAAGGAUGCGUACAUUACGAAUGCCAAACGAACGAAGAUUGUGAGCUGGACAAGAAGUGCGUUGUUGGAAAGUGUACCAAUCCAUGUCUGGAAUCGGAGGCAUGUGGUCUAAAUGCCCAGUGUCGCGUCGUGAAUCGUCAAACCCAAUGCUCCUGCACUCCCGGUUUCUUCGGCAAUGCCCGACAGGAGUGCCAACCACUGCAAAAGGGUAGCUGCUCGCAAAACCCGUGCGGAGAGAAUACCAUCUGCCGGGAGGACGCCAAUGGAUACGAGUGUUCCUGCCAACCAGACUGCAUGGGAGAUCCUCGACAGGGUUGCCUAUGUCAAGGCAAACAAACGAACAAAUGUCUUGAUUUUCCAUGUGGUAAAAAUGCAGUGUGCCGCGUUACAGCCCAUGACCAACCGGAAUGCUACUGCCCUCCCCUCUAUGCAGGGGGCGACCCGUACACGGAAUGUACGAACGAACGAACAGUAACUGACUGUCGAACGACUGGAUGCACAGAAGGCGAAUGUGUUCGAGACGGCACGAAAUUCAUAUGCCGUAAUGACGAGUCCUGCGCAAAUGAUAUGCAAUGUCCCAAUGAAAAGGCGUGUAUUGGAGGAAAGUGUUCCGAUCCUUGCUCAUUACGAGGAGCCUGCGGGGAUAACGCUCUGUGCCGAACAGUUUUCCAUAGGCCCCAAUGUUCAUGUCCAAGCUGUUUUGUGGGUAGGCCCAAUAUUGAAUGUAAGCCCGAUCCAAAAUGUCAAGAAGUCAACACACAAAAACCAAGCGAUCCCAAAAUAGUAUCGAUAUCAUGCGAAAGAGAUAACGACUGUGACGAGUCAUUACGCUGCGACAACAGUGGGCAGUGCAGUGAUCCCUGCACUAUUCCGACUACAUUUGUGUGCGAUUCGAAUAAGAAAUGUAUCUCGCGGAAGCAUCGACCCGUUUGCGUUUGCAAGCACGGCUUUAUUGUCAAUGACUACGGAGAGCUGAUUUGUGCUCCGGAAAAGCGCGAAUGCCACGGCGAUGAUGGAUGCGCCUCGAGUAUGGCUUGUAUUGACGGCAAAUGCGUUAAUCCUUGUAUGCCCAGUGCCAAUCGGGGCCCUGCUUGCCCGGAGGACAAAGCAUGUCUGGUAAUGGAUCACAAACCCACCUGUAUUUGUAUGAAGGAUUGCAGUCCUUCCCUAUCGAUAUGUCUGCGAGACAGCGGAUGUCCGCCGGAUCUCGCUUGUCGUAACUAUCAGUGUGUUAAUCCUUGCGAAAUUACUCUGUGUGCUGACGACACACCAUGCUUUGUCGAGAACCACAAGCCAAUAUGCAAAUUCUGCCCUCCUGGAUUCGUGAAAGACGCCCAUCAAGGAUGUUUGAAAGCUACAAAAAUUAAAGAUGCUGAACAUGAAGUACAUAGGGAUCAGCAACACGAGACGACGCCCGGUACCUGUUCGACACAUUUCGACUGCGGCGAACAGUUGCAGUGUUUGGCGGGCCGGUGUCUUGAUCCGUGUAGGUCUGGUUGUGGUCAGUCAGCUUUAUGCACCGUGAAGGCACACGUUCCCAUCUGCACCUGUCCCCCUGGGCAUCACGGUAAUCCGAACCAAAUGUGCAUUCCAACUAUCUCCUCUUCUGUUAAGGAUGAACAAGUCGACACAGGUUUGAUGACAACUACCGGGGCCGAUAUCCCGAUAACCACUGAUGGUUACUACCAAAGCGAUAGUAUAGACCGGUCGGAUGUAUUCAGCACGUUUGAAUCAGAGAUGGAUACGGAAAGUACACGGGAAUUUUCGCUCAGUAGUACCAUAUCUUCAAUAGAUACCCUUGAAUCUACCGGAACAAAAUCUGAUGCACUGCCAUCUAAGACCGAUAUUGAGACAUCUACUAGUGAUAUAUUAAUAACCGAAAUCAUUCCAAAGGAAUCGAAAAUUCCUGACGACAGUUUACUUCAGUCAAACGAAGUAGAGACUACCACAGUCAAUAUUUUAAUUACUACUGAACUGAAAACACAUAUAAUAACAACUGAAAAUUCCAAUUUUUAUCAAACCACAACUCAAAUCCAAUCCGCAGAAACAAAUUCGAUUGAAAAUAAUGUUACACUAACUAGCAAAGACGGUGAAACGACAACAGAUGAAACUAAAACUAGUACAUCAGUUACAAAUAACCCACAAAAGUUAUCUAUGGAUGAGCUUUCUGGGCCAACUACUAGCGCCGAAGAAAUAACAACAAACGAACAGUACACAACAGUAUCAAAUGAAAUUGACACACGUUCUCCGCAAGACAGUAAUACUCUUCCCAGUAUUACUGAAGACGAUACUACCUCUACGUCUUUACCGGUCAUAAGUACAACAACUUCAAUUCCUAGAGACAGAGAGACAUUAUCGAUUGAUCUGCCAACAACACGUGUUUCACCGAAUGAGGUGUCUACGAACUCAAUUACUUCGUCAAUUCCCGAUUUAAUAGAAUCGACAACUUCAUCUAUCUCCACCACUGAAACUAGCCAACCAACUGUGACAAUAAUUGAAUCGGUUUCGGAAGAAACUACUGAAACUUCAGUUGAUCGUGUGACAAGCAUGGUUGAUAAUAAUCAAUCUUUCACUACGAGUGAACCCAAAACAACGAUUCCCACAAACUCUGUAACAACUUCCGUAGAUCAAGAAGUGACCGAAGUGCUCUCAAUGACAACGAUUCCUACCAGUACUCGGAAGUCACCUGAAGCACUGUCGAAACAAGACCGCAAAACUACAGAACUAGAAACCGCUAUACCACCUAUAAUUCAAACCCAGCCAACCACUCUUCCGGAUGUGCUGCUCAACCGCAGUACAACCGAAACGUAUAGUGAGUUUAUGUACGAUCGCGAGGGUACAGUGAAACCUAUCAAGAAUCCCAACCAAACUACUACAAUCAAACCGAUAAAAGAGCGUAAGGAAACCGAAACGGUGAUAUACUUUAUCGAUGAAACAACAACAUUCUCAUCCAGAACACUUGACGAGCAAACUGAACAUGAUAGAAGCAUUCCUCUGUCAACUAGUAAAUACGAGAAUGACGAUAAUGAGGUUGACGAUUACGAAGAUAGCAGCGGUAGUGGAGAAGCUUUGGAUAGCACCCAAAAAUCGAUAAGUACAACUCAGGAAACUACGGAGACAGCUAUAAAUCCUACAAAAAGCACAGAAACCACUGUAACAUUGGACCGGAACGAAGAUAGAAUAACUGAAGAGACAACGUCCGAUAGUUCAAUUUCGUCUACGAUUGUUGAACAAAAUAUUUCUUCAACCGAAAAGACUACAGCGACUGUCACUGAAAUGACUAUGAAAACCUAUCCCGACCUGUCUCAAGCUAGCGAUUCAUCAACCCACAUCUAUGAUCCAGUAACUACAAUGGAAGCUCUAGGGUUCGUUCCAAAAUGUUUACUCGACAGCCAGUGUCAGUACAACGAAUCCUGUGUCGACUACAAUUGCGUCGAUCCUUGCCAGUUGCGUAACCUUUGUCCCGAACACAUUCCCUGCCUUACCGUGAACCACGAGCCCAAGUGCUUUUGUAAUAAAGCUGAUCCGGUUGAUUCUGCAAAUUGUAUAAAAGAAUCAGAGGUUGGAUGUAAACAUAACGACGAGUGCUCUACCGAACGGUCGUGCAUCAACGGAGCGUGCAUCGAUCCUUGCCAUGCGGGUAAUCCAUGCGAGUCCGGCCAGGAAUGCGAAGUGCAAAAUCACGAACCGGUGUGCAUCAAACUAUGCCAAUGUCAGAAAACGAAUGAUUGCCACUCUGGCCUACAAUGCGAUGGCUGCAACUGCGUCGAUAUGACUAAUGUGGGUCGAGAUCCAGGAUGCGAACAUUGUCCGCCGGGCAUUCCGUGUAAUCCAAUUACCGGUGCCUGCAUCAACGAUUUAGAUUAUACUACCAAGUCAACGAUACCCGAUGUACAUAGCACACACACAGAUUUUAUACCACACACAAGCGAGCAAAUAACUACUAACUAUGUAACCAAACUGCCAAUAACAACAACUGGCCAGUACGAAAUGUCUUCGCCCCCGAGUAUUAGCGAGCUUUCCCAAACUUCGUUGCCCACCGUAGCAGAAAGCACCGAAAACAUGACGACCGUGCCGGCGAGUCCUGGUUCCACAGUACAAACCCCAACCCCACAAACUUUGUCCACCGAAAACCCUUCAACUGCUUUGACUGGAGACGAUUUUGACGAAAAUAAUGUCCAACGUAUAACAGAAUUUCACCGACCGAAUCAAAUGACUACUAAUGCGCAAACGACUCGACUACCGACUUCUAGUACUGACGAAUAUAUGAGUGAAAUGCUGACUACAACAUCUGACUUUAGACCGACCGAUGAAACAGUUACUAAAAGCCAAACAAUUCCAGAUUAUAUCGUUACAACAGUUAAGGGUAUGAUAUCAGCUUCAACACGAUCUAGUUUAUCUCUGAAAACAGAAACAACAAUGGAUUCAACAGAAAGUAUAGUUACCACAUCCGAAAAGGAUGUAUUUGACUCAAGUACAAGUUAUUCAACUGAUGAGAAAGGAUACAGCACUUCAAUCACAAUUAACGAAAAUAUCACCUUGAGCAGCGAUGAGCAGGUUUCAGAAACUUCUCAAAGCUCGACAACAUUAAAUGAACAUUAUAGUACUGUGCCAUCAACUGACAAAUCAUUUACUUCGAUUAAUAAAAGUGAUAUACCUUUCACAACCAUUGGUCAUGACACCAAACCAACUGUGUUCAAUGAAGAUGCUAUUCUAAAUCCGAUGCAGACAACUAAAAACAUUAUUGAAAAAAUCACCACAAUCAGUGAUGAUUUUGAGCCUAUAAAAGAAGUCUCGAAUAAUUUUGAAUCAACGAUAUCUGAGCUGAAGCUAACAACGAAACAACUUGAUUUGAGUACUGUUGACAAAAUGACCACUGUAUCAUCAUUCAAUAAUGAAUCGUACACCGAGCAGGUUAAUGAAAAUGAGAAAACUACCAGUCAGUCCGUUGCAUCCAAAUUUACUACUACCGAUAAGGUGCUCAAUCAGAUGCACGAACUAUCCUCCAUGACCUCGACAGAACCAACCACGACCAUGAAAACUACCGAAAACCAUGAAACCGAAUUAUUUACAACAGACGAACAAGAAAAAUUCACUGAAACGAGUGCAUCUUCUGUGACAGAAGAAGCGACAACGCGAACCGAUCAACCCGCUUUCUUGUCUACAUCGAUCAUCGACCAGAAAUUCACCACAAGGGAAUUCUUUGAAUCUUCAUCAACUCAAUCAAUAGAUGAGGAAACCGUUUCUUCAACGACAACAAUUCCUAGCUCACCACGAAAUAUCACUCAAGAGGUUGAUUUGAUUACUACUUCAUCUGUUCAAGAUAAUCCAGAGACGUCUUCAACGUCUGAAUAUACAGACAGUACGACUCAUAAAGAAUACCAUACUACUACAGCAAGUACAAAGGAUUCUUCUUUGACAGAUACUACACAAGAUCAUUUAAUGAAUACUAGUACUGUUAAGACUGAUACAGCUACUUUAUUAGAAAAAACUACGAGCACUCAAAGAAUCAGUACCGUUACAAACGAGUAUACACUUUCCCGUGAUACCGAAGAACAUUCAACUACACAAGGAGCCUCGAAUGUAACUGCUGAAAGUACAGUACCCACUGUAGACGAAAUAGCGACACGAGAAACAACCAGUGAAUCAAUCUACGAAAUCUAUUCACAUAUCGUAGAAUUAUCAACAACUGCAUCGAGUAUACCUCAAACGGGAAUUGAAACAACUUCGAGUGUUACAUUGAAGUAUGACUUCGAAGGAACUACUAAUAUUUAUUCAGACGGAAGUACUACUACUUAUGUCCCGUCAACUAACGAAAUACCAAGCGAUAUUGUUAAUCAAACAACGGCUGCCAUUUCUCAAAUGAACGAUACUUCCAUGACGACAGUGGUAUCUGAAGUAACAGAUUAUCCGAAACGUAGAACAACCAUAAGCACUAGUUAUCCGACCGACCAAGACAUGAUGAGUACGGACACUCAAAUGACGCAAGAAGAGUUAACAAUACACUCGAUUGUUGAGGCCACUACAGAACCAAGAAUGACUGUGGAAUACAGCUUUCAAAGCACUACUGGUAUUUAUUCUGAUACAAACACUACCACUUCCGAGUCUUCAACACAGCAGAAGACUACGGUUAGUGAUGAGAAAAGCGAUAGAAGGACUGACUCGUUAACCGAGGAAAAGCCUGUCGAACAAACUUCGACGAUAUCUUCUAUCACUUUACCAAUGAGCGAUACUUCCAUGUCUACGAUUAUAACCAAAUUAGAAGUAACUGAGCUUCCAAGCACUAGCUUUACGACCGACCAAGAAAUGGUAACCACGGAGUCUCAAGCCACGGAAGAAGAAUUGCCGACGCAUUCGGUUGUUAAAACUAGUACAGAACCAAGGACGACUAUGAAACACAGUUUUCAAAGUACUACUGGUGUUUAUGCAAAUAUCAGUACUAUUCAUUCAGAAACCUCAACACAGCAGGAAAUUACAGACAAAAUUGAGUAUAGCGAUGGAAUGACUGACUCGUCAACUACUAUUAUAACCGAAUCACAAGUAACUGAUCAUCCGACGCAAAGAACAACCAUAAGCGAUAAGUAUCCAAUCGACCAAGAAACGAUAACCACGGAAUCUCAAGUGAUGGAAGAAGGAUUACCAACGCAUUCGAUUGUUGACACUAGUACAGAACCAAGAACGACUAUAAAACACAGUUUUCAAAGUACUACUGGUGCAGAUAUAAGUACUAUUCGUUCAGAAACCUCAACACAGCAAGAAAGUACAAAUAAAAUUGAUGACAAUGAUGGAAGGACUGACUCAUCAACUACUUCAAUAUCUUCGGUUAUAACUAAAUCACAAGUAACUGACCAUCCAACGCAAAGAACAACCAUAAGCGAUGGGUAUCCAAUUGACCAAGAAACGAUAACCACGGAAUCUCAAGUGACAGAAGAUGGGUUAUCGACGCAUUCGAUUGUUGAAACUAACACAGAACCAAGAACGACAAUGGAACACAGUUUUCAAAGCACUUCUGAUAUGUAUGCAGGGAUUACUACUAUACGUUUAGAGUUCUCAACACAGCAGGAGAUUACGGAUAGAAUCGGAGAUAGCGAAGAAAGGACUGACUCGUCAACUACUGCAAUGUCUACGGCUAUAAAAGAAUCACAAGUAACUGAUCAUUCAAUGCAAAAAACAACAAUGAGCCCUGGGUAUCCGAUUGACCAAGAAACGAUAACCACGGAGUCUCAAGCCACGGAAGAAGAAUUGCCAACGCAUUCGAUUGUUGAAACUAAAACAGAACCAAGUACAACUGUGCAACACAGCUUUCAAAGUAUUACCGGUAUUAAUGCAGACAUAAGUACUAUUCGUUCAGAAACCUCAGCACAGCAAGAAAUUACAGAUAAAAUUGGGUAUAGCGAUGAAAGGACUGACUUGUCAACUACUUCAAUAUCUUCAGCUACAACCGAAUCACAAGUAACUGAUCAUCCAAUGCAAAGAACAACGAUAAGCCCUGGGUAUCCAAGCGACCAUGAAACGAUAACCACGGAAUCUCAAGUGACGCAAAAAGAAUUUACAACCCAUUCGAUUGUUGAAACUAGUGCAGAACCAAGAACUACUAUGAAACACAGCACUACUGAUAUUUAUGCAGACAUCAGUACUAUUCGUUCUGAAUCCUCAACACAACUGGAGAUUACGGAUAAAAUUGGAGAUAGCGAUAGAAGGACUGACUCGUCGACUGAGGAAAUGCCUGUCGAUCAAACUUCGACGAUAUCUUCUAUCAUUUUACCGGUGAACGAUACUUCCAUGUCUACGAUUAUAACCAAAUCAGAAGUAACUGAGCAUCCAAUGCAAAGAACAACCAUAAGCACUGGCUUUACGACUGACCAAGAAAUGAUAACCGCAGAGACUCUAAUGACAGAGGGCCGGUUACCGACGCAUUCGAUUUUUGAAACUAGAACAGAAUCAAGUACGACUAAGGAACAUAGUUUUCAAAGUACUACUGAUAUUUAUGCAGACAUACGUUCUACUCAGUCAGAGCCCUCAACAAAACAGCAGACUAUAGUUAGCAAUGAGGAUAGCGAUGGAAGGACUGACUCGUCGACUAAGGAAAUGCCUGGCGACACAGUCAAACAAACAUCGACGAUAUCUUCUAUCAUUUCACUAUCAACUGAGGAAAUUCCUGACGACAGUUUCAUGUCUUCGAUAAUAACACAACAUCCCAUGGAAAGGACAACAAUAAACACUGGUUAUCCGAUCGAUCAAGAAACGAUAACCACAGAAACUCAAGCAAGUACAGAACCAAGAUCAACUCCGGAGACAGAGAUAUCUGAUUUGACAAGUAAAUUUCCUAAUGAACAAAACAAUGACGAGCUGACAACUUCAACAGCUAUGGCUGCUUCGGACAGUGCAAUAACCUCUCUAAUGGAAUCCAAAACUGAUACAAUGAGCAAUACAACAGAAUCUACUGAAACUGCCGUAAGGCAACAGGAUGUGACAACCGAAUUAAACACCCACUCUACUACUGCAUCGAGUAUAGAAAUGUAUUCUUCAGAAACUACUUCUGAAGUUGGGACUAGAUUGCCGUCAAGAAAUGCGACUGGCAUUACUGAAGCAAAUCAAAGUUUGUUUCCCGAGGAUGAAAGAAGUUCGACUCCGCUAGUAACUAUUGAACCUUACAGCGACAGUAUUUCAACUGAAUCCCUUGAAACUACCACGACCAUAAAAUCCGAAUCAUUAGACAUCAAUAAAACCACUGAACAUAUUUCUUCUGUAGUUACAACUACAUCUUUAACAAGUGAGAAAGUUCCUGAGGCUACUUCUCCUGACGAAGCUGUCAGUACUACCGAUUAUACCGAACUGCAAUUUACUACUCAUACCACUCAUAAACAUACCAUGACGUUUAACGAUAUGACUACUGCUCCCAAUGAUGUUGUAACUACUAUACCUAGAGGAGGACAUACAUCUACGGAAUCGGCUUCGGUUGACAUUACGACUGUAGAAGACACUAUGAUUUCAGUGGGAUCUACUGAAAAUUAUUCAUCUGAAAACCCCGAAUUGGCAAGCUCUACACCAAAGGAAACAGAUAACACUUCCAAAUAUCCGGACACUACUGCAUAUAAUGCUUCUGAUAAAAAUAACAUACCCGAAACAACACUACCAAUAACGAGUAGUAACUCUCAAACAGAAACUGAACAUGAUAUUGAAGAGAACACAUCAUAUGAACCUACCACGUAUACCCAGUCGGUGCAAACUACCGUUCUACCGAGAACUACUCAGAGCACUAUUACUCAAGCAAUCAACGACGAUUUUACAACACGUUUAUCAGAACAGUCUACUAUAGCUACUACUACUCCCUAUUUUGCAAUCGCAAUAUCAAAUGAACAGAUUACAACUGCUGCUACGGACAUAGGAUCGAAAACGAAUACCCCGCUAUCAGAUACAACAGAAGAAAAAUUAACAAAUACUACAGUGUCCAAAGAUUCCACCACAGCUGCAGCAACAACUACAAUCAUUUCUGAGCAUACCGAAGAAGUUUGGAAGGAACAAACAGUAGCUGGAACAUCAUUCGAGCAAACAAAACCUACUACACAGACUAGCUUUGGACCACGAACUACACCAUUCACAGAAAAUAUGAACGAAAAAACUACGGAUUCUUUAUUUACUGAAGAUCAAACCAAAACUACUUCGGGAAUAGGUUACCCAACUAAUUAUGAUGAAACAACAUCGACCAGUACUGAAAUUCCUGUCAUAGAUGAAAUUACUAAGAAAACGUUUGGCAAAAUUUCAACAGAAAGUGAGCACGCCCAAACUACCACAUCACUUGAAGAACGUGCAAAAUCAGAAACAUCAACUAAAAGCAAUGGUAUGUAUAAAACUACAGUACUAGAUGAACCGGCUGUCACAACGCAAAGCACAACUGUUACAACAACAAAGCAAUAUGCAACAGAAACAACUUAUCCGCAACAUGGCUCAGCAACAGUUGACGCGAUACCGAAAACCUCAACUAUGACGAUUUUAGAGGAUACUUCAUUGACUAGCCAGUCCUUAAGUGUAAUUGAUUCGUCAACUGCUUCAGUUACGUCCACCAUGGAAUCCGACACAGAUGAAACUACGCUAUCAAUUGAAGAAUCUACUACACAGGAAACGUCGAGCAUAACUUCCGAAUCUUCUGAAGACCAUCAAACUAGUACUAACAAAUACAAAGUCACGACGGAACACACGACAACAUCAUCGACUGAAUUCGAUGACCUCAGACCAAGCAAUAGAGAAAACCCUGUAAACGUUUCUGAAACCACCGAUAGAUCAGAAAUGUUGUCCACCCAAUACACCAGCAACGAAGAUGCAACAACUUUCAAAUCGUUUCAUACUACCUCCAGUAACGGUUCCUUCAUGGACAGUGAGAAUCUUCUGACGAAUACGCAUAAAAUAACACCAGACGUCACUAAAACAACUGAGUCAAUGGAAACGACGACAAGGGGUACAACGGAAAGCACUGCAUUCACUAUAUCGAAAACGAAGACUACAGUGAAAGAACGAGAGUCGAAGAUACCGAAAACCAUUGACGAUACAUCAACAACAGAACCUAGAACGGAAAUUAUUACGGAGAAAGGAAUCGGACUUAUUUCCCCAACAGUGGAAGUUCAAAUCUAUUCCACUACUAGCAGAGGCGAACAGACAAUUACCACUGAACAUGAAAACCGUAGUGUUACAGAUACUCCUGAAUUCAUCACCACAACUACAACGUAUGAUCAUACGAAAGACCGACCAACGACAACAACUGAACAAACGACUGAAAACUUGGCAACCCAAGAAACAGAUAGUGCUCAAGUUAUUACGGAGAAAGGAACAGAAUCCAUUUCCACAUUCAACCCCAAAAUAACUUUCACAACUGGCAGCGACGAGCUUACAAUUCCCGUAGAACAUGAUAGUCAAAAUGGGGUAGAUACUUCCCAAUACUCCACAACAACACUAACGUAUGACAGUUCAUAUGAACGAUCAACGACAAUGAUUGACCAUACGCUGACAACCCUAGAAUCGAAAAGUGCUCAAGAUUUUAGUACUUUAGCCAUAUCAUUAGACUACGAUAACUUAAAUUACACUACCGGUAAAACGACAAUUCAAACAGUUGAAGAUAUUUCUACCAGUUCGAGUACUGUAGUCAUCGAUUUAGAUGGAUUGUCUACUGUACCGUAUAUGGAAGGCGAUACGACGACUUCCCCUGUACCAACUAAAAUGUGCCGAACCUCUUCCGACUGUGAAAUAUCCGAAAUAUGCAAACAGUCACAGUGUAUGCAAAUCUGUACAGAAAACCUAUCUCCUAAUACACUCUGCGCAAAAGAACCACCCGGUACACCUAAAAAACCAGAACCAUGCCAAUCUAAUGAGGACUGUAUCGAAACGGAAGUUUGCUAUAGAGAGAUGUGCGAGGAUCCUUGUCUUUUUGACGGGGUUUGUGCACCAACGGCAACGUGCCACGCUAAAAUGCAUCGUCCAAUCUGCGCUUGUCCGGCAGGGCACGAGGGCAAUCCGAUGAUCAAGUGUACCCCGGUGAAAUCAAUUCAAUGCACCUCAAACGACGAAUGUCCUUUACUGGACGCCUGUGUUGGCAACGUGUGCCAGCGUCCCUGUGAUGUGAAAAAUCCGUGUGCACCAAAUGCCGUAUGCAUUAACCGGAACCACGGUUCCGAAUGUAGCUGCAUCGAAGGUUUUCAUGGAAACGGUUUUGUUUCUUGUCAUCUAGUAAAUACGCCCGGUUCCGUGUGUCAGUACAACGAGGAUUGUCCUCCUGAUAAGUUGUGUGACCGGUUAAAUCGAAUAUGUAUCAAUCCUUGUCAGGAUGACUCCUGUGGAGAUAAUGCCGAAUGUUUUCCACAGAACCACGGAAUCGAAUGUCGUUGCAGGAAUGGAUUUUCUGGAAAUGCAUAUAUCGAAUGCGUUCAAUUGCACGGAUGUCGUUCGGAUAGUGAAUGUAGUACUUCGGAAGCAUGUAUAAAUGGUCAAUGUGCAUCUCCUUGUCAGUGUGGGCCUUAUGCAUUGUGUGACGUGCGCAACCAUAUCCCACAAUGCCGUUGCCCUCCAGGUUACAAAGGUGAUGGACGCUUAGGAUGUAGUCCACCAAGCAAUCCUUGCAAUCCGAAUCCUUGUGGUUUAAAUGCUAUGUGUGAAAUCGACGCUGGUAGUCCGAUUUGUUUCUGUCCAAAGGGUUUAACUGGCAAUCCAUUUAAGAAUUGCAUUCCCGAAGGAGAUGAUUGCACACCGAAUCCCUGUGGACCCAAUAGUGGCUGUCGAAAAAUAAACAAUCAAGCUGCCUGCUUUUGUUUGCCUGAAUUCGAAGGAAGCCCACCCGAAGUGCCAUGUAAAUUGCCGCAAAACCCAUGCGAUCCAUCACCCUGUGGACCGAACACUCAGUGCUCUAUUCUUAGUAAUGGAUAUGCCAAAUGCACCUGUCUUAGCGGAUACAUCGAAAGUCCAAACACAAUUCGCGGUUGCAUUGAACCGAAAAAUCCAUGCGACCCGAAUCCUUGCGGUUUCGGAGCAAUAUGUGACUCGUCGCGUAAUCCAGUUUGCUACUGUUCUGAAGGAAUGGUCGGAAAUCCAUUCCGUAGCUGCGUCGAACCUGUGGUUACCCCAGAACUAUGUAAGCCAGGUCCAUGCGGUAGGAAUGCCGAUUGUUAUAUUGCUGAAGGUAGAGAGCAAUGUUACUGUCGUUCAGGUUUCGUUGGUGAUGCCUAUGUUGAAUGUAUUGAACAGCCUCGCUCUGUUUGCGAACCAAACCCAUGUGGACCAGGGGCAGAGUGUCUAGUGUUACCCGAUGGAACACCGGCGUGUAGAUGUCCACCAGGACUUAGCGGAGAUCCUACUACCGCUGAAGGAUGUCAUGGCUUCGAGUGUCGUGUGGACGACGAAUGUGCUAUCGACAAAGCUUGCAUUGGUUUUCAGUGCGUUGAUCCUUGCCCGGGGGCUUGUGGAAGUGGGGCGUACUGUAAAGUAGAAAAACAUCAUCCCGUAUGUUUCUGUAACGCCGGACUUACAGGAAAUCCUGCAAUUCGAUGUUACUCGAUGGAUGAAAGAGUACCGGAUAGUCCCUGCAAAAGUAAUCCUUGUGGUAUCAAUACUCAAUGUACGGUACGAAACAGAAGACCUGUGUGCAAAUGCUUGCCCAACUAUAGAGGAGAUCCGAAGAAAGGUUGUAGGGCAGAAUGUGAAUUGAAUUCCGAUUGUCCGUCGGAUAGAGCUUGUGUAAACCGUCGUUGCACUCCACCUUGCAACGGUGCCGUAUGUGGCGUAAACGCGGAAUGUUACGUUGAGUACCACACGCCAAUGUGUAAAUGUCCUCAAGGUUUUACCGGAGAUUCUUUUGUACACUGUGUGCCAAUUCCCGAAGACAGAAACAUGACACGACAACCUUGCGAGUCUUCACCCUGUGGUCCUCAAGGAGUUUGUUCUGUUUAUGGUGAUGAUGUAGCUCUCUGUGAUCCUUGUUCAGCACCUGAUGCAAUACAUAAUCCACGUUGUAGACCGCAAUGCGUGUUAAACACCGACUGCCCUUUCAAUCUUGCUUGCCUACAAGGCAAGUGCCAAGAUCCCUGCCCUGGAUCUUGUGGAUAUAACGCACAGUGUACAGUAGAACAACAUCGUCCGGUGUGUUCUUGCUCUCCCGGUUUGUAUGGAAACCCAUACGAACGCUGCAUUCAACAAGAUACACCUCUGGAAACAUGUGAUACAAUUCGAUGCGGUGCCAACACCGAAUGUAAGAGAAUGGGUGGUGUGUUAGCAUGCGUAUGUAGAAAGAACUACUACGGAGAUCCACUGCUCGGUUGUAGACCAGAAUGUGUAAUAAAUACAGAUUGUCCCGUGAACAAAGCUUGCCUGAAUAGCCGAUGUCAGGAUCCUUGCGUUGGAGUAUGUGGCGUACGCGCUCUUUGCAAAGUUGUAAAUCAUCUUCCCGUGUGCCAUUGCCCACCAACACACACAGGAGAUGCAUUAAUAGCGUGCACAGAAAAAACCUAUCUACCUCCAGAUACAACGCCAUGUGAUCCGAAUCCUUGUGGUCCUAAUAGUAAAUGCCUAUCAACUCCUAAUAACUAUGCCGUCUGUUCAUGUUUGCCAGGAUUCCGAGGAAUGCCACCUGCUUGUCAAGCCGAAUGUAUGAUCAACGCAGAAUGCCCUCAAAACAAAGCUUGCAUCAAUCUGAAGUGCAUUGAUCCAUGUCCAGGAACAUGCGGAGUCGGUGCCAGAUGUGAAGUAUUGAACCAUAACCCCAUUUGCAGCUGUGGACCAAACCAGCAAGGAGAUCCAUUUGUGAUCUGUGAGUCUAGACAGAACGAGCCAGAGCCGGAACCAAAGAACCCUUGUGAACCUUCGCCAUGUGGUCAGAACUCCAUUUGUCAGGUUAAACGGAAUCGCCCGGUGUGUUCAUGUCAGCCUAAUUUUAUAGGUAGUCCACCCUAUUGCCGCCCCGAGUGUGUACUGAGUACUGAGUGUCCUCAGGAUAAAGCUUGUAUUAAUGAAAAAUGUCAAAAUCCAUGCGCGAAUGCUUGCGGUGCAAAUGCAGAAUGUCAUGUGGUUUCUCACUCGGCAUUUUGUAAUUGUCGCCCAGGAUAUGAAGGAGAUGCGUUCAUCGGUUGUUCUGAAGUUCCGAAAAUGACACCUCAGAAAGAUGUUUGCUAUCCAAGUCCGUGUGCUGAUAAUGCGGUAUGUACUGACGUUAAUGGAGCAGCAAAGUGUACCUGUAUUGCACCAUAUCUUGGCGAUCCCUAUAACACGGGAUGUAGACCAGAGUGUGUGCUUCAUUCUGAUUGCCCAAGUCAUCUUGCAUGUGUUAAUCAACACUGUCGCGAUCCUUGCCCAGGAAAAUGUGGAUCGAAUGCGGAGUGUACAGUUGCUAAUCAUAUUCCAGUCUGUGAAUGUCUAAGAGGAUAUAUCGGAGACGCCUUCCGUGGAUGUCGUAAGGAUGUACCGCAGCCCAUAACUCCCAAAGAUCCGUGUGCCCAGUGCCCGUCAAAUAGUAUAUGCCGAAUCGUGCAAGGACGGCCCACUUGCUCGUGUCCGGAAGGUUACCGUGGAGCACCUCCAGCAUGCCGACCCGAAUGCUCAAGCAAUGAAGAGUGUCGCCAUGAUCAGAGUUGUAUCAAUCUUAAAUGUAAAGAUCCAUGUCCUGGAUUAUGUGGAAUUAACGCGCAAUGUCAGGUCAUCAACCAUAAACCUUUCUGUAGUUGUUUGCGUGAUUACUAUGGUAACCCCUUCGAGCAAUGUAUGCCGAAACCGAAAGAGCCCGAAGAUCCAUGUCGACCAAGUCCGUGUGGACCGAAUUCUGAAUGCCGUGAAUUGAACGAACGUGCUGUUUGUUCCUGCGUUCCAGGUAUGCUAGGAACUCCUCCAAACUGUCGACCGGAGUGUGAAACUCAUCAAGACUGUCCAUCAAAUCGUGCAUGUUUUGGACAGAAGUGUAAAGACCCUUGUGUAGGAUCUUGUGGUUUCAAUGCGCAGUGUAUUGCUCGCGAUCAUCGCCCAGAGUGUUAUUGUAUGGAAGGAUUCGAAGGUGAUCCAUAUAAUGGUUGCAAUCCCAUCGUCCGAGAUGAGAUUAUAAAUCCCUGCAACCCGUCGCCAUGUGGAUCAAACGCUAUUUGUAGAGAACGUAAUGGUGCUGGUUCAUGUAGUUGCAUGCAAAACUAUUUCGGAGAUCCCUAUGUCAGCUGUAGACCAGAAUGCAUUCAAAAUUCCGACUGUCCGUACGAUAAAUCAUGCGUUAACACAAAAUGUGUCAACCCGUGUGUUGGUACUUGCGGUCUGAAUGCUGAGUGUCGUGUACAUAAUCACUCUCCCUUAUGCACUUGUGUGUCUGGAUUUGUGGGGAAUCCUUCACUGGCUUGUCAGCCUGUGGUCUUAGAAAAACCUAAGGAUGAACCUAUCAAUCCUUGUGUGCCAUCACCUUGCGGUCCAUAUAGCAUUUGUAGAACGGUAAAUAACCACGCUGUGUGCUCAUGUCAGAGCAACUACAUUGGAGCCCCACCGAACUGUAGACCGGAAUGCAUGCUCAAUUCCGAAUGCUCCAGAGAAAAGUCAUGUGUUAACCAACGAUGUGUCGACCCAUGUCCAGGAACGUGUGGUAUCAACGCACGGUGCCGUACCGUAAAUCACAAUCCAAUAUGUAGCUGUAAUUCCGGAUUCAUUGGUGAUCCAUUUGUUAGAUGUACUCCCGAGCCGAAACAACCUAUCCUGCAAGAGGAGCCAAGAAAUCCUUGUCAACCAUCCCCAUGCGGUUCAAAUGCAAUCUGCCGGGUUCAGGCCAAUCGCGCUGUCUGCUCGUGUGUGUCCAAUUAUAUUGGAAGACCACCUAACUGUCGACCGGAGUGUGUAGUCAACUCUGAGUGUACAAUGAACUUAGCUUGUAUUAAUGAAAAAUGUUCCGAUCCUUGUCGUGGAUCGUGUGGUCCCAAUGCUCAGUGUACAGUUGUGUCACACAAACCCAUGUGCACUUGUCAUACCGAUUACACUGGUGAUCCCUUCUCGGGUUGCAAUAGAAUUCAAAUUUAUCACGAACAACCCAUGCCUUGCACGCCUAGUCCAUGUGGUGUAAAUGCAAUCUGUAGAGAGCAAAACGGUGCCGGAUCAUGUUCCUGUCUCCCGGAAUAUUUCGGUGAUCCAUAUGUGGGAUGUCGCCCAGAAUGUGUUAUGAAUAGUGAUUGUCAGAGGACACGUGCUUGUAUCAAUAGUAAAUGUGUAGAUCCUUGCCCUGGCACUUGCGGUUUCAAUGCAGAGUGUCAUGUAGUUAAUCAUUCGCCCACAUGCACUUGUAUUGCUGGUUUCAUUGGUAAUCCGUUCACUUCAUGUACACCAAAACCCGAAAUUCAAGAGGAACCUAUCAACCCAUGUCAACCAUCACCAUGCGGACCGAACAGCAUCUGUCGAGUAGUCAACAAUCAUGCCGUUUGCUCUUGCAGUCCAAAUUUCAUUGGAACUCCGCCCAGCUGUCGACCGGAAUGUGUCGUUAGUUCCGAAUGUCCAUUAGAUAAGGCUUGCUUAGGACAGAAAUGUAAAGAUCCUUGUCCAGGAACAUGCGGAAUAAAUGCGCGGUGCCAAGUAGUUAACCACAAUCCAAUUUGUAGUUGCAAGAACGGAUUCACAGGUGAUCCAUUCGUGCGAUGUGUCCCGGAAGAACGAACACCCAUUGUUAGUGAUGUUCCCCGAAAUCCCUGCCAACCAUCGCCUUGUGGACCAAAUUCUCUUUGCAGAGAAAUUGGCAACACUGCUGUUUGCUCAUGCCUUCCAAACUAUGUUGGCCGAGCACCCAAUUGCCGUCCAGAAUGUACAUCGAACUCUGAAUGCUCUACAUUGCUAGCCUGCAUCAAUGAGAAAUGUAAAGAUCCAUGUCCAGGAUCAUGUGGCUCAUAUUCUACUUGCGUCGUUCAAAAUCAUCAACCCAAUUGCAAAUGUUACGAUGGUUACAACGGAGACCCUUAUUCAGCUUGCACGCCAAUACCAAUUUAUCGAGAACCCGAAAACAUUGACCCAUGCAACCCUUCGCCGUGCGGGGUUAAUGCGGAAUGCCACAUGCGCAACAAUGCAGGUUCUUGCACUUGUUUGCCAGACUAUUUCGGUGAUCCUUACCAUGAAUGUAGACCAGAAUGUGUUCUAAACACUGACUGUCCAAAAACUCGCUCUUGUCUGAAUAACAAGUGCAAAGAUCCAUGUCCAGGCAUGUGUGGAUUAAAUGCUGAGUGUUUCGUAUCCAACCAUGCACCGACAUGUUCAUGUCUUGUAGGAUUCACUGGCAAUCCAUCGAUCGUUUGCCAUGAAAUUCCCAAACUAGCCGAGCCGAUACCAGUAGAUCCAUGCAGGCCUUCACCCUGUGGUCCGUAUAGCGAAUGUCGUGAAGUAAACCAACAUGCGGUAUGCUCGUGUCAGCAAAACUACAUUGGGACCCCUCCAGCUUGUCGUCCCGAGUGUACCGUGAGCUCCGAAUGUCCUCAAGAUAAGGCCUGCUUGAAUCAAAAAUGCGUCGAUCCAUGUCCUGGAACAUGUGGACUGAAUGCAAGAUGUAAUGUGAUUAAUCAUAAUCCAAUCUGUAGUUGCUCCGUUGGCUAUACCGGUGAUCCUUUUGUACGGUGUCUACCGGAAGAAAAACGCCCGGAACCUAAAGAACCAGAAAAUCCUUGCCUGAACAAUCCAUGUGGCCCCAACUCGCAGUGUCGCGCAGUUGGGUUCGUACCCGCUUGUUCUUGUUUACCAAACUACGUCGGGCGGGCACCAAACUGUCGUCCGGAAUGUACAAUCAAUUCAGAAUGUGCAGGAGAUCUUGCAUGUAUCAACGAGAAAUGUCGCGAUCCCUGUCCGGGAUCUUGCGGCCCUAAUGCCAUCUGCAACGUGAUAAAACACUCCCCCGUAUGCUCCUGUUCAUCUGGUUAUACUGGUGAUCCCUUCUCUGGGUGUAUGGAUAUUCCUACUCCACCGAUACGAGACGAAACGAGGGAUCCUUGCAAUCCUUCGCCAUGUGGAUCGAACGCAGUGUGUAAGGAACGUAAUGGUGCUGGUUCUUGUACAUGUUUACCAGAAUACUUUGGCGAUCCGUACAGUGGAUGCCGUCCGGAAUGUGUGACCAACAGUGAUUGUCCUCGUAACAAAGCAUGUAUUAAUAAUAAAUGUACUGAUCCCUGCCCUGGGGUUUGCGGGCGAAAUGCUGAAUGUUACGUGGUCAAUCAUUCACCUAGUUGUUCAUGUAUUUCUGGAUUUACUGGGGAUCCACUGUCUGCUUGCCACGAACCAAUCCCUCCGAAGCAAAACGAAUCAAUCAAUCCGUGUUCGCCAACCCCUUGUGGGCCUAAUAGCUUGUGUCGUGAAAUCAACGGGCAUGCCGUUUGUUCUUGUCAAACCGGCUUUAUUGGAACGCCGCCGAGUUGUCGACCGGAGUGUGUCGUUAGCUCUGAAUGUGCCAUGGACAAGGCUUGCAUGAAUCAAAAGUGUCAAGAUCCCUGUCCUGGUACGUGUGGACAAAAUGCACGCUGCCAGAUCGUCAACCACAGCCCUAUAUGUAGCUGCUCUCCCGGCUUUACUGGUGAUCCUUUCGUUCGGUGUCUUCCAGAAGAGAAACGCCCUGUGGUAUCUGAACCUAUUGAUCCAUGUGUGCCAUCUCCCUGCGGACCCAACUCACAGUGUCGAGCAGUUGGCAACACUCCCGCCUGUUCUUGUCUACCAAAUUACAUUGGCCGAGCGCCCAACUGCCGACCGGAGUGUAUGAUCAAUGCCGAAUGCCCGGCAAAUCUGGCUUGUGUAAAUGAAAAGUGUAAAGACCCUUGUGUUGGCUCGUGCGGUAUAAACGCAUUCUGCACUGUAAUUAAGCACAAUCCAGUUUGUGAAUGCCAUGCUGGGUUUACAGGUGAUCCGUUUUCAGUUUGUACAGAGUUUACACCCUCUCGCGAGCCGGAACAGGUCAAUCCUUGUAAUCCAUCACCAUGUGGAGCCAAUGCAGUCUGCAAAGAACGCAACGGUGCUGGAUCGUGUACCUGUCUUUCGGAUUAUUUCGGUGAUCCUUACACUGGCUGUCGACCAGAGUGCGUUCAAAAUUCAGAUUGCGAUAAAUUCCGUGCAUGUGUAAACAACAAGUGCAAGGAUCCCUGCCCAGGAGUGUGCGGUCUUAAUGCGGAAUGCCGAAUUCAAAACCACAGCCCAAUAUGCUUAUGUCUUGAGGGUUACACCGGCGAUCCUUCCAGAGAGUGCAGGGUUGUAGAAAUAAUAACUGAAAGACCUAAAUCAGAAGGAUGUUACCCAUCUCCGUGCGGUCCAAAUAGCCACUGUCGAGAAGUGAACGGACAUCCAGUAUGUUCGUGUCAGUCUGGAUACAUCGGAACACCUCCGGCUUGCAGGCCGGAGUGCGUUGUCAGUUCAGAGUGCAGCCAAGAUCGUGCGUGCGUAAACCAAAAAUGUACUGAUCCUUGCCCGGGUACAUGUGGAACGGAAGCUCGAUGUCAAGUGGUUAAUCAUAAUCCCAUAUGCAGCUGUCCAGCAGGUUUCACUGGGGAUCCGUUUGUGCGCUGUGAUAAAAAAGAAGUUGUGAAAGAUACACCUCAACCACUCAAUCCAUGCUUACCUUCGCCUUGUGGUCCAAAUUCUCAAUGCAGAGUUGUAGGAACACAAGCUGCCUGCACCUGCCAGACGAACUAUAUCGGUCGACCACCAAACUGUCGUCCAGAAUGUACAAUCGAUGCCGAAUGUGCCAGCAACUUAGUUUGCCAAAAUGAACAGUGUGUUGAUCCAUGUCCUGGAGCUUGUGGACACAACGCCGUUUGUCAAGCAAUCAACCAUCGCGCUGUCUGCAUUUGCAACGAUGGAUACGAGGGUAAUCCUUUAGUGCAGUGUGACAGAACUCUACCACCGGUAACCGAAAGACUGACUCCAUGCACACCGUCGCCAUGCGGUCCUAAUGCCGAAUGCAGAGAGCGAAACAAAGCCGGAGCAUGUUACUGCUUACAAGGAUAUGAAGGAAACCCGUACGAUGUGUUCUCCGGAUGUCGACGAGAAUGUGACGUAAACAGUGAUUGUACAGAGAAGCUUGCUUGCGUGAAUUAUAAGUGUAUUGACCCGUGCCCCGGACUAUGCGGAAAUCAAGCUCUAUGCGAGAUCGUCAACCAUGUUCCAACGUGUGUCUGUCCGGAAGGAAUGAUUGGUGAUCCAUUCACGCGCUGUGAGUUGCGACUGGAAGAACCUAUUACGAAAGCACCACCAAUUUGCGACCAUAGUACUUGCGGACCAAAUAGUAUUUGUCGUAUCCAAAAUGGCGUCGCAAUUUGCAAAUGUCAACCAGAGAUGAUUGGAAGCCCACCAAAUUGCAAGCCAGAAUGUUUACGAAGUGUUGAUUGCGAUGCUCAGAAGGCAUGUGUUAAUUCGAGGUGUAUCGAUCCAUGUCCAGGAUCGUGUGGCAUAAAUGCUAAAUGUCAAGUUAUCAAUCACAACCCUAUAUGUAGCUGCAAUCCCGGGUUCACUGGUGAUCCAUUCUCACAAUGUGACAAGGCAAUUGUCACUGUUACAAAUGCACCUCCGACACCCUGUAUGCCAUCGCCUUGUGGACCGAAUGCUGAGUGCAAAGUCGUCGGCAGCAAAGAAGCGUGUUCAUGUCUUCCAAACUAUAUCGGAUCGCCACCGAACUGCCGCCCCGAGUGUGUUCUGAGUACCGAGUGCAGCCAAAACCAAGCCUGUAUUCGCCAAAAGUGUACUGACCCGUGCCCGGGCUCGUGUGGUCUAAAUGCCAAAUGUUCAGUAGUGAAUCAUACGCCUAGUUGUUCCUGUGAGCAAGGAUACACCGGUGAUCCAUUCACUGGGUGCCAGCCGAUUGAAGCUGACUACCCAGUGCUGGUUUCAUCUCCAUGCGUUCCCAGUCCUUGUGGCGCUAAUGCCAUCUGUCGCGAGCAGAACGGCGCUGGUUCGUGUACCUGUAUUGAGGAUCAUUUUGGUAACCCGUACGAAGGUUGCCGCCCCGAAUGUGUCUUGAACUCCGACUGUCCCUCCAACCGUGCCUGUGUUCGUAACAAAUGCCAGGAUCCAUGCCCUGGAACCUGCGGUCAAAACGCUGAAUGUCAGGUGGUCAACCAUCUGUCCUCGUGCACCUGUAUUGAUGGAUACGAAGGCGAUCCAUUCCGAUUCUGUGCCGCUAGGCAGAGAGAACCAAUUCAACAAUAUGUCAACCCCUGUAACCCAAGUCCAUGUGGUUCUAAUAGCCAGUGCCGUGAAAUUAAUCAACAAGCUGUUUGCUCGUGCUUACCAACAUACAUUGGAACACCGCCAGGGUGUCGCCCGGAGUGUGUUAGCAGUUCCGAGUGCUCACUGGACCGAGCAUGUAUCAACCAGAAAUGUGUUGAUCCAUGCCCUGGAACCUGUGGUACAAAUGCUCGAUGCAAUGUUAACAAUCACAGCCCAAUAUGCUCUUGUCAAUCUGGAUUUACUGGGGAUCCCUUUACGCGAUGCUAUCCUAACCCACCACCCCCUCAAGAUACCGAAAUUGUAGCUCGAGACCCAUGUGCCCCUUCGCCAUGUGGUCCAAAUUCUCAGUGUAGAAACAUAAAUGGAGUUCCGUCUUGCUCCUGCUUAGUCAACUAUCUCGGAUCUCCACCCAAUUGCAGACCCGAAUGUACGAUCAGUGCUGAAUGUCCAAGUAAUCAAGCGUGUAUGAAUGAAAAAUGCCGAGAUCCUUGCCCAGGAUCAUGCGGUAUUGGGGCAAGAUGUAAUGUCAUAAAUCACACACCUAUUUGUACCUGUGAAUCCGGUUAUACUGGAGAUCCAUUCACAAAUUGUUACCCCGAACCACCUCCACCCAGAGAACCGGUUAACGACGAUCCAUGUAAUCCGUCACCUUGCGGUCCAAAUGCACAGUGCAACAAUGGAAUAUGCUCAUGUCUUCCGGAAUACCAAGGAGAUCCAUAUCAAGGCUGUAGACCAGAAUGCGUACUUAAUUCUGAUUGUCCUCGCGACAAGGCCUGCAUUCGUAACAAAUGCGUUGAUCCUUGUCCAGGAACAUGUGGACAAGAUGCAAUUUGUGAAGUCAUUAACCAUAUCCCAAUGUGCAGUUGUCCUGCCGGUAGACAAGGAAAUGCCUUUGUGCAGUGUAGACCCCAACAAACACCAACGGUGACAAAUCCAUGUAGUCCAACGCCUUGUGGACCCAACAGUCAGUGCCGCGAAAUAAAUGGUCAAGCGGUUUGUUCGUGUGUGCCAGGUUUCAUUGGUAGUCCUCCUAUAUGUAGACCGGAGUGCGUUGUCAGCUCCGAAUGCCCACCGAAUCAAGCAUGCAACAACCAGAAAUGUCAGGAUCCAUGUCCGGGAACGUGCGGCGUCAGAGCUCGUUGCACAGUCGUCAACCACAAUCCGAUAUGUAGUUGUCCUGAUCGAUUUACUGGCGAUCCGUUCAUCCGAUGUCAACAAAUAAUUGAACCUCCAAUUCAAAUGACUCCAGUCAAUCCAUGUCAUCCAUCUCCUUGCGGUCCAAACGCCCAAUGUAGACCCAUUGGUGACACUCCGUCAUGUACUUGCUUAGAGAAUAUGAUAGGCGCCCCUCCAAAUUGUCGACCCGAGUGUAUAAGCAACAGUGAAUGUCCUAGCAACCAAGCUUGCAUUCACCAAAAGUGCCAAGAUCCUUGUACAGGAGCAUGUGGUGCCAACGCGGAAUGCAGAGUGGUCAGUCAUACACCUAUGUGCAUCUGUUCAGUAGGUUUCACUGGAGAUCCCUUCAGCCAAUGUGUACAAGUUUCACAAGACAUUUCAAGAGAACCAACAUCUCCUUGCACACCCAGUCCCUGUGGAGCGAAUGCAAUUUGUCGAGAGAAAAAUGGUGCCGGUGCGUGCACAUGCAUUGACGAUCAUUUUGGUAAUCCAUAUGAAGGAUGCCGACCCGAAUGUGUGCUCAAUUCAGAUUGCGCAUCGAACCGAGCAUGUGUCAGGAAUAAGUGUCAAGAUCCAUGUCCUGGCACUUGUGGUCAAAACGCAGAAUGCCAGGUCGUCAACCAUCUUCCCUCGUGUACCUGUUUCACAGGCUAUGAAGGGGAUCCGUUUAGAUUCUGCAGCAUUCAACAACGUGAACCUGUACAAGAGUACGUAAACCCAUGUCAGCCCAGUCCUUGUGGUCCCAACAGUCAAUGUCGAGAAAUCAACAGCCAAGCUGUUUGUUCAUGUCUUCCAACAUACAUUGGGUCUCCCCCAGGAUGUCGUCCUGAGUGCCUAACAAGCUCUGAAUGUUCCCUAGACAAAGCAUGCGUCAAUCAAAAGUGUGUUGAUCCGUGUCCGGGAACAUGUGGAACAAAUGCUCGAUGCAAUGUUAAAAAUCACAGUCCCAUUUGUUCUUGCCAGUCUGGUUAUACUGGAGAUCCAUUCACGCGAUGCUAUUCCAAUCCACCACCCCCACAAGAUACUCAAAUCAUUACCCGCGAUCCAUGCGUUCCUUCGCCAUGUGGUCCAAACUCUCAGUGUAGAAACAUAAACGGAGUUCCAUCAUGCUCGUGUCUAGUCAACUAUCUCGGAUCUCCGCCCAAUUGCAGACCUGAAUGUUCAAUUAACGCCGAAUGUCCCAGUAAUCAAGCUUGUAUGAAUGAGAAGUGUCGCGAUCCUUGCCCUGGAUCAUGUGGUAUUGGAGCAAGAUGCAAUGUAAUCAAUCAUACACCUAUUUGUACCUGUGAAUCCGGUUAUACUGGAGAUCCAUUUACAAAUUGUUACCCCGAACCACCUCCACCCAGAGAACCGGUGAACGACGAUCCAUGUAAUCCGUCACCUUGCGGUCCAAAUGCACAGUGCAACAAUGGAGUCUGCUCAUGCCUUCCGGAAUACCAAGGAGAUCCAUAUCAAGGCUGUAGACCAGAAUGCGUACUUAAUUCUGAUUGUCCUCGAGAUAAGGCUUGUAUUCGUAACAAAUGCGUUGAUCCGUGUCCAGGAACAUGUGGACAAGAUGCGAUAUGUGAAGUCAUUAAUCACAUACCAAUGUGCAGUUGUCCUGCCGGUAGACAAGGAAAUGCAUUUGUACAAUGCAGACCCCAGCAGACUCCCAUAGUGACAAAUCCAUGCAAUCCAUCUCCUUGUGGCCCCAACAGUCAAUGUCGUGAAAUCAAUGGACAAGCAGUAUGCUCUUGUGUACCAGGAUUCGUUGGAAGUCCGCCUACUUGUAGACCUGAGUGUACUGUUAGCUCAGAUUGCCCUCAGAAUCAAGCCUGUAAUAAUCAAAAGUGUCGUGAUCCUUGUCCUGGAACAUGCGGAAUUGGAGCUAGAUGCUCUGUUGUUAAUCACAACCCAAUCUGCAGUUGCCCUGAACGAUAUACCGGUGAUCCAUUUACUCGCUGUCAGCCUAUAGUCGAACCACCGGUUCAAAUGACUCCAUCCAACCCUUGUCAACCCUCACCUUGUGGUCCGAACGCUGUUUGUAGACCAGUGGGUGAUUCUCCUUCGUGCACCUGCCUUGAAAAUAUGAUCGGGGCACCUCCAAACUGUCGUCCAGAAUGCGUUAGCAAUCCAGAGUGUCGUAGUAACCAAGCAUGCAUCAGACAGAGAUGUCAAGAUCCUUGUACCGGAGCAUGUGGAGCGAAUGCUGAAUGUCGAGUUGUCAGUCACACUCCAAUGUGUAUUUGUUCCAUUGGCUUCACCGGCGAUCCUUUCAGUCAGUGUGUACCGGUUCAACAAGAUAUUCCAAGAGAACCAUCUUCACCUUGCAUGCCUAGUCCUUGUGGAGCUAAUGCCAUUUGUAGAGAACAAAAUGGUGCCGGAUCGUGUACAUGCAUGGAAGACCAUGUUGGAAACCCGUACGAAGGAUGUCGACCGGAGUGUGUUUUGAAUUCAGAUUGUCCCUCCAACCGGGCAUGUAUUAGGAACAAGUGCCAAGAUCCAUGUCCUGGAACAUGUGGUCAAAAUGCGGACUGCCAAGUUGUAAAUCAUCUACCGUCCUGUACAUGCUUCGUAGGAUACGAAGGGGAUCCAUUCCGAUUCUGUAGCGUACAACAAAGAGAACCUGUUCAAGAGUAUGUAAAUCCAUGCCAACCCAGUCCUUGUGGACCCAACAGUCAGUGUCGAGAGAUCAAUGGCCAAGCUGUUUGUUCAUGCCUUCCAUCAUACAUUGGAUCACCUCCUGCAUGUCGCCCAGAGUGUGUCACUAGUUCUGAAUGUUCCCUAGACAAAGCAUGUAUCAAUCAAAAAUGUGUUAAUCCAUGCCCGGGAACAUGUGGAACAAAUGCUCGAUGCAAUGUUAAAAAUCACAGUCCCAUUUGCUCUUGCCAGUCUGGAUAUACUGGAGAUCCAUUCACGCGAUGUUACCCCAAUCCACCUCCACCACAAGAUACUCAAAUCAUUGCCCGCGAUCCCUGCGUUCCUUCGCCAUGCGGUCCGAAUUCUCAGUGUAGAAACAUAAACGGAGUUCCAUCAUGCUCAUGUCUAGUCAAUUAUCUCGGAUCUCCGCCCAAUUGCAGACCUGAAUGUUCAAUUAACGCCGAAUGUCCCAGUAAUCAAGCUUGUAUGAAUGAUAAGUGUCGCGAUCCAUGUCCGGGAUCAUGUGGCAUUGGAGCACGAUGCAAUGUAAUCAAUCAUACACCUAUUUGUACCUGUGAAUCCGGUUAUACUGGAGACCCAUUCACAAAUUGUUACCCCGAACCACCUCCACCCAGAAAACCGGUUAACGACGAUCCGUGUAAUCCGUCACCUUGCGGUCCAAAUGCACAAUGCAACAAUGGAGUCUGCUCAUGUCUUCCGGAAUACCAAGGAGAUCCAUAUCAAGGCUGUAGACCAGAAUGCGUACUUAAUUCUGAUUGUCCUCGAGAUAAGGCCUGUAUUCGUAGCAAAUGCGUUUAUCCUUGUCCAGGAACAUGUGGACAAGAUGCGAUAUGUGAAGUUAUUAACCAUAUACCAAUGUGCAGUUGUCCUGCCGGUAGACAAGGAAAUGCUUUUGUACAAUGCAGACCCCAGCAGACUCCCAUAGUGACAAAUCCAUGCAAUCCAUCUCCUUGUGGCCCCAACAGUCAAUGUCGUGAAAUCAAUGGACAAGCAGUAUGCUCUUGUGUACCAGGAUUCAUUGGAAGUCCGCCUACGUGUAGACCUGAGUGUACUGUUAGCUCAGAUUGCCCUCAGAAUCAAGCCUGUAAUAAUCAAAAGUGUCGUGAUCCUUGUCCUGGAACAUGCGGAAUUGGAGCUAGAUGCUCUGUUGUUAAUCACAACCCAAUCUGCAGUUGCCCUCAACGAUAUACCGGUGAUCCAUUUACGCGUUGUCAACCUAUAGUCGAUCCACCGGUUCAAAUGACCCCAACAAACCCUUGUCAACCUUCACCCUGUGGUUCAAACGCAGUUUGUAGACCAGUUGGUGAUUCUCCUUCAUGCACAUGCAAUGAAAAUAUGAUCGGGGCACCUCCAAACUGUCGACCAGAAUGCGUUAGCAAUCCAGAGUGUCGUAGUAAUCAAGCAUGUAUCAGACAGAGAUGUCAAGAUCCUUGUACCGGAGCAUGUGGAGCAAAUGCUGAAUGUCGAGUUGUCAGUCACACUCCAAUGUGCAUUUGUUCCAUUGGCUUCACCGGCGAUCCUUUCAGUCAGUGUGUACCGGUUCAACAAGAUAUUCCAAGAGAACCAUCUUCACCUUGCAUGCCUAGUCCUUGUGGAGCUAAUGCCAUUUGUAGAGAAAAAAAUGGUGCCGGAUCGUGUACAUGCAUGGAAGACCAUGUUGGAAACCCGUACGAAGGAUGUCGACCGGAGUGUGUUUUGAAUUCAGAUUGUCCCUCCAACCGGGCAUGUAUCAGAAACAAGUGUCAAGAUCCAUGUCCUGGAACAUGUGGUCAAAAUGCGGACUGCCAAGUUGUGAAUCAUCUACCGUCCUGUACAUGCUUUGUAGGAUACGAAGGGGAUCCAUUCCGAUUCUGUAAUGUGCAGCAAAAAGAACCAAUCCAAGAAUACGUGAAUCCGUGCCAACCCAGUCCUUGUGGUCCCAACAGUCAGUGUCGAGAGAUCAAUGGCCAAGCUGUUUGUUCAUGCCUUCCAUCAUACAUUGGAUCACCUCCUGCAUGUCGCCCAGAGUGUGUCACUAGUUCUGAAUGUUCCCUAGACAAAGCAUGUAUCAAUCAAAACUGUGUUGAUCCAUGCCCGGGAACAUGCGGAACAAACGCUCGAUGCAAUGUUAAAAAUCACAGUCCAAUUUGUUCUUGCCAGUCUGGAUAUACUGGAGAUCCAUUCACGCGAUGUUACCCCAAUCCACCUCCACCACAAGAUACUCAAAUCAUUGCCCGCGAUCCAUGCGUUCCUUCGCCAUGCGGUCCGAAUUCUCAGUGUAGAAACAUAAACGGAGUUCCAUCAUGCUCAUGUCUAGUCAAUUAUCUCGGAUCUCCGCCUAACUGCAGACCUGAAUGUUCAAUUAACGCCGAAUGUCCCAGUAAUCAAGCUUGUAUGAAUGAAAAGUGUCGCGAUCCUUGCCCUGGAUCAUGCGGCAUUGGAGCAAGAUGCAAUGUAAUCAAUCAUACACCUAUUUGUACCUGUGAAUCCGGUUAUACUGGAGAUCCAUUUACAAAUUGUUACCCCGAACCACCUCCACCCAGAGAACCGGUUAACGACGAUCCAUGUAACCCGUCACCUUGCGGUCCAAAUGCACAGUGCAACAAUGGAGUCUGCUCAUGUCUUCCGGAAUACCAAGGAGAUCCAUAUCAAGGCUGUAGACCAGAAUGCGUACUUAAUUCUGAUUGUCCUCGCGACAAGGCCUGUAUUCGUAGCAAAUGCGUUGAUCCUUGUCCAGGAACAUGUGGACAAGAUGCGAUAUGUGAAGUCAUUAAUCACAUACCAAUGUGCAGUUGUCCUGCCGGUAGACAAGGAAAUGCUUUUGUGCAAUGUAGACCCCAGCAGACUCCCAUAGUGACAAAUCCAUGCAAUCCAUCUCCUUGUGGCCCCAACAGUCAAUGUCGUGAAAUCAAUGGACAAGCAGUAUGCUCUUGUGUACCAGGAUUCAUUGGAAGUCCGCCUACGUGUAGACCUGAAUGUACUGUUAGCUCAGAUUGCCCUCAGAAUGAAGCCUGUAAUAAUCAAAAGUGUCGUGAUCCUUGUCCUGGAACAUGCGGAAUUGGAGCUAGAUGCUCUGUUGUUAAUCACAACCCGAUCUGCAGUUGCCCUGAUCGAUAUACCGGUGAUCCUUUCACACGUUGUCAACCUAUAGUUGAAUCACCGGUUCAAAUGACUCCAUCCAACCCUUGCCAACCCUCACCCUGUGGUUCUAACGCAGUUUGUAGACCAGUGGGUGAUUCACCUUCAUGCACAUGCCAUGAAAAUAUGAUCGGGACACCUCCAAACUGUCGACCAGAAUGCGUUAGCAAUCCAGAGUGUCGUAGUAAUCAAGCAUGUAUCAGACAGAGAUGUCAAGAUCCUUGUACCGGAGCAUGUGGAGCAAAUGCUGAAUGUCGAGUUGUCAGUCACACUCCAAUGUGUAUUUGUUCCAUUGGCUUCACCGGCGAUCCUUUCAGUCAGUGUGUACCGGUUCAACAAGAUAUUCCAAGAGAACCAUCUUCACCUUGCAUGCCCAGUCCUUGUGGAGCUAAUGCCAUUUGUAGAGAACAAAAUGGUGCCGGAUCGUGUACAUGCAUGGAAGACCAUGUUGGAAACCCGUACGAAGGAUGUCGACCGGAGUGUGUUUUGAAUUCAGAUUGUCCCUCCAACCGGGCAUGUAUUAGGAACAAGUGCCAAGAUCCAUGUCCUGGAACAUGUGGUCAAAAUGCGGACUGCCAAGUUGUGAAUCAUCUACCGUCCUGUACAUGCUUUGUCGGAUACGAAGGAGACCCUUUCCGAUUCUGUAGCGUGCAGCAAAGAGAACCUAUUCAAGAAUACGUAAAUCCGUGCCAACCCAGUCCAUGUGGACCCAACAGUCAGUGUCGAGAGAUCAAUGGCCAAGCUGUUUGUUCAUGCCUUCCCACAUAUAUUGGAUCACCUCCUGCAUGUCGCCCAGAGUGUGUCACUAGCUCUGAAUGUUCCCUAGACAAAGCAUGUAUCAAUCAAAAAUGUGUUGAUCCAUGCCCUGGAACAUGCGGAACAAACGCUCGAUGCAAUGUUAAAAAUCACAGUCCAAUUUGUUCUUGCCAGUCUGGAUAUACUGGAGAUCCAUUCACGCGAUGUUACCCCAAUCCACCUCCACCACAAGAUACUCAAAUCAUUGCCCGCGAUCCAUGCGUUCCUUCGCCAUGCGGUCCGAAUUCUCAGUGUAGAAACAUAAACGGAGUUCCAUCAUGCUCAUGUCUAGUCAAUUAUCUCGGAUCUCCGCCUAACUGCAGACCUGAAUGUUCAAUUAACGCCGAAUGUCCCAGUAAUCAAGCUUGUAUGAAUGAAAAGUGUCGCGAUCCUUGCCCUGGAUCAUGCGGCAUUGGAGCAAGAUGCAAUGUAAUCAAUCAUACACCUAUUUGUACCUGUGAAUCCGGUUAUACUGGAGAUCCAUUUACAAAUUGUUACCCCGAACCACCUCCACCUAGAGAACCGGUUAACGACGAUCCAUGUAAUCCGUCACCUUGUGGUCCAAAUGCACAGUGCAACAAUGGAGUCUGCUCAUGCCUUCCGGAAUACCAAGGAGAUCCAUAUCAAGGCUGUAGACCAGAAUGCGUACUUAAUUCUGAUUGUCCUCGCGACAAGGCUUGUAUUCGUAGCAAAUGCGUUGAUCCUUGUCCAGGAACAUGUGGACAAGAUGCGACAUGUGAAGUUAUUAACCAUAUACCAAUGUGCAGUUGUCCUGUCGGUAGACAAGGAAAUGCUUUUGUGCAAUGUAGACCCCAGCAGACUCCCAUAGUGACAAAUCCAUGCAAUCCAUCUCCUUGUGGCCCCAACAGUCAAUGUCGUGAAAUCAAUGGACAAGCAAUAUGCUCCUGUGUACCAGGAUUCAUUGGAAGUCCGCCUACUUGUAGACCUGAGUGCGUCGUUAGCUCGGAGUGUCCUCAGAAUCAAGCCUGUAAUAAUCAAAAGUGUCGUGAUCCUUGUCCUGGAACAUGCGGAAUUGGAGCUAGAUGCUCUGUUGUUAAUCACAACCCAAUCUGCAGUUGCCCUGAACGAUAUACCGGCGAUCCUUUCACACGUUGUCAGCCUAUAGUCGAACCACCGGUUCAAAUGACUCCAUCCAACCCUUGUCAACCCUCACCUUGUGGUCCGAACGCUGUUUGUAGACCAGUGGGCGAUUCUCCUUCGUGCACCUGCCUUGAAAAUAUGAUCGGGGCACCUCCAAACUGUCGUCCAGAAUGCGUUAGCAAUCCAGAGUGUCGUAGUAAUCAAGCAUGUAUCAGACAGAGAUGUCAAGAUCCUUGUACCGGAGCAUGUGGAGCAAAUGCUGAAUGUCGAGUUGUCAGUCACACUCCAAUGUGCAUUUGUUCCAUUGGCUUCACCGGCGAUCCUUUCAGUCAGUGUGUACCGGUUCAACAAGAUAUUCCAAGAGAACCAUCUUCACCUUGCAUGCCUAGUCCUUGUGGAGCUAAUGCCAUUUGUAAAGAACAAAAUGGUGCCGGAUCGUGUACAUGCAUGGAAGACCAUGUUGGAAACCCGUACGAAGGAUGUCGACCGGAGUGUGUUUUGAAUUCAGAUUGUCCUUCCAACCGGGCAUGUGUCAGAAACAAGUGUCAAGAUCCAUGUCCUGGAACAUGUGGUCAAAAUGCGGACUGCCAAGUUGUGAAUCAUCUACCGUCCUGUACAUGCUUCGUAGGAUAUGACGGGGAUCCAUUCCGAUUCUGCAGCGUGCAGCAAAGAGAACCUAUCCAAGAAUAUACAAAUCCGUGCCAACCCAGCCCAUGUGGUUCCAACAGUCAGUGUAGAGAGAUCAAUGGACAAGCUGUUUGUUCAUGCCUUCCCACAUAUAUUGGAUCACCUCCUGCAUGUCGCCCAGAGUGUGUCACUAGUUCCGAAUGUUCCCUAGACAAAGCAUGUAUCAAUCAAAAAUGUGUUGAUCCUUGCCCGGGAACAUGCGGAACAAAUGCUCGAUGCAAUGUUAAAAAUCACAGUCCCAUCUGCUCCUGCCAAUCUGGAUAUACUGGAGAUCCAUUCACGCGAUGUUACCCCAAUCCACCUCCGCCACAAGAUACUCAAAUCAUUGCCCGCGAUCCUUGCGUUCCUUCGCCAUGCGGUCCAAACUCUCAGUGUAAAAACAUAAACGGAGUUCCAUCAUGCUCAUGUCUAGUCAACUAUCUCGGAUCUCCGCCCAACUGCAGACCUGAAUGUUCAAUUAACGCCGAAUGUCCCAGUAAUCAAGCUUGUAUGAAUGAAAAGUGUCGCAAUCCUUGCCCUGGAUCAUGCGGCAUUGGAGCAAGAUGCAAUGUAAUCAAUCAUACACCUAUUUGUACCUGUGAAUCCGGUUAUACUGGAGAUCCAUUUACAAAUUGUUACCCCGAACCACCUCCACCCAGAGAACCGGUGAACGACGAUCCAUGUAACCCGUCACCUUGCGGUCCAAAUGCACAGUGCAACAAUGGAAUAUGCGCAUGCCUCGCGGAAUACCAAGGAGAUCCCUACCAAGGCUGUAGACCAGAAUGCGUACUUAAUUCUGAUUGUCCUCGUGACAAGGCCUGUAUUCGUAGCAAAUGCGUUGAUCCUUGUCCUGGAACAUGUGGACAAGAUGCGAUAUGUGAAGUUAUUAACCAUAUACCAAUGUGCAGUUGUCCUGCCGGUAAACAAGGAAAUGCUUUUGUGCAAUGUAGACCCCAGCAGACACCCAUAGAGACAAAUCCAUGCAAUCCAUCUCCUUGUGGCCCCAACAGUCAAUGUCGUGAAAUCAAUGGACAAGCAGUAUGCUCUUGUGUACCAGGAUUCAUUGGAAGUCCGCCUACUUGUAGACCUGAGUGCGUCGUUAGCUCGGAGUGUCCUCAGAAUCAAGCCUGUAAUAAUCAAAAGUGCCGUGAUCCUUGUCCUGGAACAUGCGGAAUUGAAGCUAGAUGCUCUGUUGUUAAUCACAACCCGAUCUGCAGUUGCCCUGAUCGAUAUACCGGUGAUCCUUUCACACGUUGUCAACCUAUAGUUGAAUCACCGGUUCAAAUGACUCCAUCCAACCCUUGUCAACCCUCACCCUGUGGUUCUAACGCAGUUUGUAGACCAGUGGGUGAUUCUCCUUCAUGCACAUGCAAUGAAAAUAUGAUCGGGACACCUCCAAACUGUCGUCCAGAAUGCGUUAGCAAUCCAGAGUGUCGUAGUAAUCAAGCAUGUAUCAGACAGAGAUGUCAAGAUCCUUGUACCGGAGCAUGUGGAGCAAAUGCUGAAUGUCGAGUUGUCAGUCACACUCCAAUGUGCAUUUGUUCCAUUGGCUUCACCGGCGAUCCCUUCAGUCAGUGUGUACCAGUUCAACAAGAUAUUCCAAGAGAACCAUCUUCACCUUGCAUGCCUAGUCCUUGUGGAGCUAACGCCAUUUGUAGAGAGCAAAAUGGUGCCGGAUCGUGUACAUGCAUGAAAGACCAUGUUGGAAAUCCGUACGAAGGAUGUCGACCGGAGUGUGUUUUGAAUUCAGAUUGUCCUUCCAACCGGGCAUGUGUCAGAAACAAGUGUCAAGAUCCAUGUCCUGGAACAUGUGGUCAAAAUGCUGACUGCCAAGUUGUAAAUCAUCUACCGUCCUGUACAUGCUUUGUAGGAUACGAAGGGGAGCCAUUCCGAUUUUGUAGCGUGCAGCAAAGAGAACCUGUCCAAGAAUACGUAAAUCCGUGCCAACCCAAUCCUUGUGGUCCCAACAGUCAGUGUCGAGAGAUCAAUGGCCAAGCUGUUUGUUCAUGUCUUCCAUCAUACAUUGGAUCACCUCCUGCAUGUCGCCCAGAGUGUGUCACUAGUUCGGAAUGUUCCCUAGACAAAGCAUGUAUCAAUCAAAAAUGUGUUGAUCCAUGCCCUGGAACAUGCGGAACAAACGCUCGAUGCAAUGUUAAAAAUCACAGUCCAAUUUGUUCUUGCCAGUCUGGAUAUACUGGAGAUCCAUUCACGCGAUGUUACUCCAAUCCACCUCCACUACAAGAUACUCAGGUCAUUGCCCGCGAUCCAUGCGUUCCUUCGCCAUGUGGUCCAAACUCUCAGUGUAGAAACAUAAACGGAGUUCCAUCAUGCUCAUGUCUAGUCAACUAUCUCGGAUCUCCACCCAACUGCAGACCUGAAUGUUCAAUUAACGCCGAAUGCCCCAGUAAUCAAGCUUGUAUGAAUGAAAAGUGUCGCGAUCCAUGUCCGGGAUCAUGUGGCAUUGGAGCACGAUGCAAUGUAAUAAAUCAUACACCUAUUUGUACCUGUGAAUCCGGUUACACUGGAGAUCCAUUUACAAAUUGUUACCCCGAACCACCUCCACCCAGAGAACCAGUUAACGACGAUCCGUGUAAUCCGUCACCUUGCGGUCCAAAUGCACAAUGCAACAAUGGAGUCUGCUCAUGCCUUCCGGAAUACCAAGGAGAUCCAUAUCAAGGCUGUAGACCGGAAUGCGUACUUAAUUCUGAUUGUCCUCGAGAUAAGGCUUGUAUUCGUAGCAAAUGCGUCGAUCCUUGUCCAGGAACAUGCGGACAAGAUGCGAUAUGUGAAGUCAAUAACCACAUUCCAAUGUGCAGUUGUCCUGCCGGUAGACAAGGAAAUGCAUUUGUUCAAUGCAGACCCCAGCAGGCUCCCGUGGAAACAAAUCCAUGUUAUCCAUCUCCUUGUGGGCCAAACAGCCAAUGUCGUGAAAUCAAUGGACAAGCAGUAUGCUCCUGUGUGCAAGGAUUUAUUGGAAGCCCUCCAAGCUGUAGACCAGAAUGCGUUACCAGUUCCGAGUGUCAACAAAAUCAAGCUUGUAGCAAUCAAAAAUGUGGAAAUCCUUGCCCUGGUUCAUGUGGCGUAGGAGCUCGAUGUACGGUAGUGAACCAUAAUCCUAUUUGUGUCUGCCCAGAACGUUUCACUGGUGAUCCAUUCGUUCGCUGUCAGCUCAUUAUUCAUCAACCUGUCCAAAUGAACCCGGUCAAUCCGUGUCAACCUUCUCCCUGCGGACCAAAUUCUCAAUGUCAAUCCCUGAAUAAUUCACCCUCGUGUACUUGCAUUGAUGGCAUGGUUGGUGUACCACCAAAGUGCCGUCCAGAAUGCAUUAGUAAUUCGGAUUGCUCGAAUAAUCUUGCAUGUAUCCGUCAAACAUGUCAAAAUGCCUGCAUUGGUGCUUGUGGCAAUAACGCUGAAUGUAAAGUUGUCAGUCACACUCCCAUGUGCAUCUGCUCAGCUGGAUUUACAGGAGAUCCAUUCACACAAUGUUUCAAAGAGCAUCAGAAUACUCAGAAAGAUCCAAUUUCGCCAUGUGUUCCUAGUCCAUGUGGGGCAAAUGCUAUUUGCAAGGAGCAAAAUCGGGCUGGUUCCUGCUCGUGUAUAGAAGAUCAUUAUGGCAAUCCUUACGAAGGUUGCCGACCAGAGUGUAUUUUAAGUUCAGAUUGUCAAUCUAAUAAAGCCUGUACUCAGAAUAAGUGCCAGGAUCCGUGUCCUGGAACAUGUGGCCAGAAUGCGGAAUGUCAAGUUGUAAAUCAUGCGCCGUCCUGUACAUGUAUAACCGGCUAUGAUGGUGAUCCGUUCCGUUUUUGCAGUAUUCAACAGAGAGAACCGGAACUAGUGUAUAAAAAUCCAUGUCAACCCACUCCAUGUGGGCCAAACGGUCAGUGUCGAGAGAUCAAUGGCCAAGCUGUUUGUUCAUGUCUUCCAUCAUACAUUGGAUCACCUCCUGCAUGUCGCCCAGAGUGUGUCACUAGUUCUGAAUGUUCCCUAGACAAAGCAUGUAUCAAUCAAAAAUGUGUUGAUCCAUGCCCGGGAACAUGUGGAACAAAUGCUCGAUGCAAUGUUAAAAAUCACAGUCCCAUUUGCUCUUGUCAGUCUGGAUAUACUGGAGAUCCAUUCACGCGAUGUUACCCCAAUCCACCUCCACCACAAGAUACUCAAAUCAUUGCCCGCGAUCCUUGCGUUCCUUCGCCAUGCGGUCCAAACUCUCAGUGUAAAAACGUAAACGGAGUUCCAUCAUGCUCAUGUCUAGUCAACUAUCUCGGAUCUCCGCCCAACUGCAGACCUGAAUGUUCAAUUAACGCCGAAUGUCCCAGUAAUCAAGCUUGUAUGAAUGAAAAGUGUCGCGAUCCUUGCCCUGGAUCAUGCGGCAUUGGAGCAAGAUGCAAUGUAAUCAAUCAUACACCUAUUUGUACCUGUGAGUCCGGUUAUACUGGAGAUCCAUUUACAAAUUGUUACCCCGAACCACCUCCACCCAGAGAACCGGUUAACGACGAUCCAUGUAAUCCGUCACCUUGCGGUCCAAAUGCACAGUGCAACAGUGGAAUAUGCUCAUGCCUCGCGGAAUACCAAGGAGAUCCCUAUCAAGGCUGUAGACCGGAAUGCGUACUCAAUUCUGAUUGUCCUCGAGAUAAAGCUUGUCUUCGCAAUAAAUGCGUCGAUCCUUGUCCAGGAACAUGUGGACAAGAUGCGAUAUGUGAAGUUAUUAACCAUAUACCAAUGUGCAGUUGUCCUGCCGGUAAACAAGGAAAUGCUUUUGUGCAAUGUAGACCCCAGCAGACACCCAUAGAGACAAAUCCAUGCAAUCCAUCUCCUUGUGGCCCCAACAGUCAAUGUCGUGAAAUCAAUGGACAAGCAGUAUGCUCUUGUGUACCAGGAUUCAUUGGAAGCCCGCCUACUUGUAGACCUGAGUGUACUGUUAGCUCGGAGUGUCCUCAGAAUCAAGCCUGUAAUAAUCAAAAGUGUCGUGAUCCUUGUCCUGGAACAUGCGGAAUUGGAGCUAGAUGCUCUGUUGUUAAUCACAACCCAAUCUGCAGUUGCCCUGAACGAUAUACCGGCGAUCCUUUUACACGUUGUCAGCUCAAAGUGGAAUCACCGGUUCAAAUGACCCCAUCCAAUCCUUGCCAACCCUCACCCUGUGGUCCGAAUGCUGUUUGUAAACCAGUUGGUGAUUCUCCUUCAUGCACAUGCAAUGAAAAUAUGAUCGGGGCACCUCCAAACUGUCGACCAGAAUGCGUUAGCAAUCCAGAGUGUCGUAGUAAUCAAGCAUGUAUCAGACAGAGAUGUCAAGAUCCUUGUACCGGAGCAUGUGGAGCAAAUGCUGAAUGUCGAGUUGUCAGUCACACUCCAAUGUGCAUUUGUUCCAUUGGCUUCACCGGCGAUCCCUUCAGUCAGUGUGUACCGGUUCAACAAGAUAUUCCAAGAGAACCAUCUUCACCUUGCAUGCCUAGUCCUUGUGGAGCUAAUGCCAUUUGUAGAGAACAAAAUGGUGCCGGAUCGUGUACAUGCAUGGAAGACCAUGUUGGAAAUCCGUACGAAGGAUGUCGACCGGAGUGUGUUUUGAAUUCAGAUUGUCCUUCCAACCGGGCAUGUAUCAGAAACAAGUGCCAAGAUCCAUGCCCUGGAACAUGUGGUCAGAAUGCAGAUUGUCAAGUAGUAAACCAUUUACCAACAUGCACAUGUAUUGCUAAUUACGAGGGAGAUCCAUUCCUAUUCUGUAGCAUGCAACAGAAAGAACCAAUCCAACAAUAUGUCAAUCCAUGCCAACCAAGUCCAUGUGGAUCGAACAGUCAGUGCCGUGAAAUCAACGGUCAGGCCGUAUGUUCUUGUUUACCAACAUACACUGGAACUCCGCCCGGAUGCCGUCCGGAGUGCGUAACUAGUUCAGAAUGUACCCUGCAUAAAGCCUGUAUUAAUCAGAAAUGCGCUGAUCCAUGUACGGGAACCUGUGGAAUCAAUGCUAAAUGUAAUGUUAAUAAUCAUAGUCCCAUCUGCUCUUGCCAGUCUGGCUAUACAGGAGAUCCAUUUACCAGAUGUAAUCCUAAUCCCCCACUUCCACAAGACACUCCUGUCAUGAAUAGAGACUCUUGUGUUCCAUCACCAUGUGGUCCCAAUUCCCAGUGCAGAAACAUCAACGGUUCGCCUUCCUGUUCGUGUCUAAUCAAUUACAUCGGAUCACCACCCAAUUGCAGACCUGAAUGCUCAAUCAAUGCUGAAUGUCCAAGUAAUCAAGCAUGUCAAAAUGAAAAAUGCAGGGAUCCUUGUCCGGGAUCCUGCGGUAUCGGGGCCAGAUGUAACGUGCUUAAUCAUACACCAAUUUGUACAUGCGAAAGCAGAUACACCGGAGACCCAUUCACAAACUGUUACCCAGCACCGACACCCCCAAAAGAACCUACUCAUGACGAUCCAUGUAAUCCUUCUCCUUGUGGAUCUAACGCUCUCUGCGACAAUGGAGUCUGCUCAUGUUCACCAGAACAUCAAGGGAACCCAUAUCAAGGAUGCAGACCCGAAUGUGUACUCAAUUCGGACUGCUCUCGAGACAAGGCAUGCAUUCGAAGUAAAUGUACUGAUCCAUGUCCUGGAACAUGCGGACAAGAUGCUAUUUGUGAAGUAUUCAAUCAUGUUCCAAUGUGUAGCUGUCCUUACGGCAUGGCUGGAAAUGCCUUCCUGCAGUGCAGACCUCAAGAAACUCCAAUGGUAUCAAAUCCAUGCAAUCCGUCCCCUUGUGGCCCAAACAGCCAAUGUCGCGAAACUAAUGGACAAGCCGUUUGUUCCUGUGUACCAGGUUUCUUUGGGAGUCCACCGUCUUGUAGACCAGAGUGCACUGUUAGUGCAGAAUGUUCACAGAAUCAAGCAUGCAAUAAUCAAAAGUGUAGAGAUCCUUGUCCAGGAACUUGCGGUGUUGGUGCUCGAUGCUCCGUCGUUAAUCAUAAUCCAAUCUGCAGUUGUCCAGAAAGAUAUUCCGGUGAUCCAUUUGUUCGUUGUCAAGCUAUAAUUGUUCCACCUGUUCAAAUGAAUCCAUCCAAUCCAUGCCAACCAUCACCGUGUGGUCCAAAUGCUGAAUGUCGACCAGUCGGCGACUCCCCAUCAUGCACAUGUUUGGACAAUAUGGUUGAUUCUCCUCCUAAUUGCAGACCAGAGUGCGUCAGUAAUUCGGAAUGUGUCAGUAAUCUGGCUUGCAUUCGCCAAAAGUGUCAAGAUCCGUGUCAAGCAGCAUGUGGAGCAAAUGCGGAGUGCAGAGUUGUCAGUCAUACUCCCAUAUGCAUUUGUACCAUUGGAUACACCGGUGAUCCGUUCAACCAGUGUACCCCAAUGCAACAAGACACUCCGAAGGAGCCUUCAUCCCCAUGCGUACCCAGCCCAUGUGGGGUUAACGCAGUGUGCAGAGAGCAAAAUGGUGCCGGAUCCUGUACAUGCACUGACGAUCACUUCGGCAACCCAUACGAAGGAUGUCGACCGGAAUGUAUUAUGAACUCUGAUUGCCCUUCCAAUUUGGCUUGUAUCAGAAAUAAGUGUAAAAAUCCGUGCCCUGGCACAUGCGGACAAAACGCCGACUGUCAAGUCGUGAACCAUUUACCAUCGUGUACUUGUAUUAAUGGAUAUGAAGGGGAUCCAUUCCGUUAUUGUAGUGCCCAACAACGAGAACCUCAAAUCUACCAAAAUCCUUGUCAACCGAACCCAUGUGGCCCCAACAGCCAGUGUAGAGAAAUCAAUGGACAGGCAGUUUGCUCCUGUCUGCCCAAAUACAUCGGUUCACCUCCUGGAUGUCGUCCCGAAUGCGUUUCAAGUUCCGAAUGUUCUCUGGACAAGGCAUGUGUUAACCAAAAAUGUGUCGAUCCAUGUCCGGGUACAUGCGGAACCAAUGCUAGAUGCAACGUUAACAACCAUAGCCCCAUCUGCUCUUGUCAAACUGGUUACACAGGAGAUCCAUUCUCACGAUGCUACCCAAAUCCGCCCCCUCCUCAAGAUACUCCAACUGUCAUACGCGAUCCCUGUGUACCAUCGCCGUGUGGACCCAAUUCACAAUGUAGGAAUAUAAAUGGAGUCCCAUCUUGCUCUUGUCUAGUCAAUUAUAUCGGAUCACCUCCUAACUGUCGACCAGAGUGUACGAUAAACGCUGAAUGUCCGAGUAAUCAAGCAUGUAUGAACGAGAAAUGUCGAGAUCCAUGCCCUGGAUCAUGUGGUGUUGGAGCCAUUUGUAAAGUUAUCAACCAUACACCGACCUGCAGUUGUGACGCCGGUUAUACGGGAGAUCCAUUCACAAAUUGCUAUCCUGCGCCGCCUCCUCCGAGAGAACCGAUUCAGGAUGAUCCAUGCAAUCCAUCCCCUUGUGGUCCUAAUGCACAAUGCAAUAAUGGGGUGUGUUCAUGUCUGCCUGAAUACCAAGGAGAUCCAUAUCAGGGGUGUAGACCGGAGUGCGUACUCAAUUCGGACUGUACGAGGGACAAGGCUUGCAUCCGUGGUAAAUGUACAGAUCCUUGUCCUGGAACUUGUGGGCAAGAUGCUGUAUGUGAAGUAGUAAAUCACAUACCAGUAUGUAGUUGUCCCAACGGAAUGACAGGAAAUGCAUUCGUACUAUGUCGACCACAACAAACCCCACAACAAACAAACCCAUGUAAUCCAACUCCUUGUGGACCUAACAGCCAAUGCAGAGAAAUAAAUGGACAAGCCGUAUGUUCAUGCAUAACUGGAUUCAUCGGUAGUCCACCACUUUGUAGACCAGAAUGCGUCGUAAGCUCAGAAUGUCCACAAAAUCAAGCUUGUAACAACCAAAAAUGCAGAGAUCCAUGUCCUGGCACAUGCGGAAUAGAAGCAAGAUGCACAGUGGUCAAUCACAAUCCAAUCUGUAGCUGUCCCGAUAGAUACACGGGUGAUCCGUUCGUCCGAUGUCAACUUAUAAUUCAAACACCUGUCCAAAUGACCCCAACUAAUCCAUGCCAACCAUCUCCAUGUGGACCAAAUUCCGAAUGUCGUCCAGUUGGUGAUAGUCCGUCAUGUUCGUGUCUGGACAAUAUGAUUGGCUCGCCACCAAACUGCCGGCCCGAAUGUGUCAGUAAUUCAGAAUGCGCCAAUAACCUGGCCUGUAUUCGUCAGAAAUGUCAAGAUCCAUGCGCCGGAGCGUGUGGAGCGAAUGCUGAAUGCCGAGUUGUAAGCCACACUCCCAUCUGUGUUUGUUCUGUUGGUUUUACCGGAGACCCAUUCAAUCAAUGUGUUCCGGUACAACAGGACAUUCCAAGAGAACAAACGUCGCCCUGUACACCGAGUCCUUGUGGUGCAAACGCAGUAUGUAGAGAACGUAACGGUGCUGGAUCUUGCAUUUGUCUCGAGGACUAUUUCGGAAACCCGUAUGAAGGAUGCCGUCCGGAAUGCGUUUUGAACUCGGAUUGUCCUUCAAACCGAGCCUGUAUGAACAAUAAAUGCGUUGAUCCGUGUCCAGGAACUUGUGGACAAAAUGCUGAAUGUCAAGUGGUCAAUCAUUUACCUUCAUGUAGUUGUUUGAGCGGUUACGAGGGGGAUCCAUUUAGAUACUGCAACAUUCUACAAAGAGAACCGAUAAAAGAAUACGUAAAUCCAUGUCAGCCAAAUCCAUGUGGACCCAAUAGCCAAUGCCGUGAAAUUAAUGGUCAAGCUGUAUGUUCAUGUCUGCCCACAUAUAUUGGGUCUCCGCCAGGAUGUCGUCCAGAAUGCGUCACUAGUUCUGAGUGCUCUCUCGAUAAGGCAUGUGUUAAUCAGAAAUGUGUUGAUCCAUGCCCUGGUACUUGCGGAUCUAAUGCACGAUGUAACGUAAACAAUCACAGUCCUAUUUGUUCUUGUCAAUCUGGAUACACUGGUGAUCCUUUCACAAGAUGUUAUGUAAACCCACCUCCUCCGAAAGACCCGGAAAUUGUAGCCCGCGAUCCCUGUGCACCUUCACCGUGCGGACCCAAUGCUCAAUGUAGGAAUUUGAAUGGAGUUCCAUCCUGCUCAUGUCUAGCUAACUACAUUGGCUCCCCACCCAAUUGUAGACCGGAGUGUAGCAUCAACGCUGAAUGUGUCAGUAAUCAGGCUUGCAUCAACGAAAAGUGUAGAGAUCCUUGCCCUGGUUCUUGCGGUGUUGGAGCACAUUGCAGUGUUAUCAACCAUACACCGAUAUGUACCUGUCCAAAUGGGUACACCGGAGAUCCUUUCACCAACUGCUAUCCAGCUCCUCCUCCACCCAGAGAACCAAUCAAAGAUGAUCCCUGUAAUCCUUCACCAUGCGGUGCAAACGCUCAAUGUUCCAAUGGAGUGUGCACAUGUUUACCAGAGUUUCAGGGAGAUCCGUAUCGUGGCUGUCGUCCAGAGUGUGUGUUGAACUCAGAAUGUGCUCGAGAUAAGGCUUGCAUCCGCAACAAAUGCAUUGAUCCCUGUCCAGAAACCUGCGGUCAGAAUGCUGAUUGCGACGUAAUGAAUCAUAUACCGGUUUGUAGUUGUCCGCGAGGAAUGGCAGGAAACGCAUUUUUGCAAUGUAUACCGCAGCGAGCUCCCAUAGAAACUGAUCCAUGCAAUCCUUCACCAUGCGGUCCGAAUAGCCAAUGCCGGCCUAUCAAUGGACAAGCUGUCUGUUCUUGCAUUCAAGGCUAUUUCGGAACACCCCCCUCUUGCCGACCAGAAUGCUCAAUAAAUUCGGAUUGUGUACAGAGUAUGGCAUGCACGAACUUCAAAUGUAGGGAUCCAUGUCCUGGCACCUGCGGGGUGGGAGCGAGAUGCACUGUAGUAAAUCAUAAUCCAAUUUGCAGUUGUGGGUAUAGAAUGACCGGCGAUCCAUUUGUUAGGUGCUCUGAAUUAGUUGAGAAACCCAUCAUCCAAGACACUCCUCGGGACCCUUGCAUUCCUUCACCGUGUGGUCAGAAUGCUGCUUGUGUGAAUCGCAAUGGUAAUCCGUCUUGUUCUUGUCUUCCCAACAUGAUUGGAGCGCCUCCGAACUGUCGUCCCGAAUGCAUUAGCAAUUCAGACUGUUCCAAUGCGCUAGCGUGUAUAAACCAAAAAUGCCAAAACCCUUGCUCAAAUGCGUGUGGAACCAAUGCUGACUGCAGAGUAUCUCUUCACAUUGCAAACUGUAUUUGUCCAGAACGAUACACCGGUAAUCCAUUCGUCAACUGCUUCGAAGAACCUAUUACUCAACAACCGGCACCAGAACCGAGAGAUCCUUGCUAUCCAUCACCAUGUGGUACGAAUGCUCGAUGCCGACCAGUUGAUGGAGGUUCAGUGUGUGAAUGUUUCGAAAACUAUUUCGGAAAUCCAUACACUGGCUGUCGUCCAGAAUGUGUCUCCAAUUCCGAAUGUUCUAGAAGCACGGCUUGUAUUCAGAACAGAUGCAAAGACCCUUGCCCAGGAGUUUGCGGACAUAACGCAGAUUGCAAUGUUAUUAACCAUACACCGACUUGCACAUGCCCGGAAGGAAUGAUCGGUAAUGCAUUCGAACAAUGCUUGCGAAAACCAGAACCCCCAUCACCAUCAGAUCCAUGUUAUCCAUCACCGUGUGGCCAGAAUACAGUCUGUCGAUCCUCCGGAGGAAAUGCAGUCUGCGAAUGUCUCCCUGACUUUAAGGGUACGCCAUUCGGUAGAGGCUGCUACCCGGAAUGUGUCAUCAAUUCAGAUUGUCCAAGAGACAAAACUUGUGUGAAUAAAAAAUGUGUCGAUCCAUGUCCAGGAGUUUGUGGAUACAGAGCAAUAUGCCAUGCAAUAAAUAACAACCCCGUUUGUUCUUGUCCAAGCAACAUGAUUGGUGAUCCAUUCGUUGAAUGUGAAGAAUCUCGACCCAGAGAUCCAUGUAAUCCAUCUCCGUGCCGAGCAAAUGGAAUUUGUCGUGUGACUGGCGGACGCGUCGAGUGCCAGUACCCAGAAUGUGUCACAAACUCCGACUGCUCAUCCAAUCGGGCAUGCUUCAAUCAGAAAUGUAAAGACUCAUGCAUUGGAGCUUGCGGAGUGAACGCUAUCUGUAACGUAGUAAACCAUUCACCAGUAUGUUCAUGCCCAGAGCGACACGCUGGUUCACCUUACGUUCAGUGUAUUCCUCAAAUGGAUCCUGUUCCUAGACCAGAAUGUACUAGUGAUGAUCAGUGCACCAACGACAAGGCCUGUAUCAACCAGCAAUGCAUCAAUCCUUGUACAGCCAACACCGGAUUAUGCAAUCUCAAUGCCGAAUGUAGAGUUCAAUUCCAUCGUGCAAUCUGUACAUGCCGGGAAGGAUACACAGGUAAUGCUCAAUUCGCAUGCUAUGAAAUCGGCUGCCGAUCCGAUUCAGAUUGUCCUGCGAGGGAGGCUUGUGUCAACCGGAACUGUGUCGAUCCGUGUCAGUACACGCAAUGUGGACGAAACGCGUUAUGUAGAACGGAUUACAAUCAUAAUGCAAGAUGUCACUGUAUAGAUGGCUACAGAGGAAAUGCAUUGGCAGGAUGCACUCGACCGGAGUGCACAAACGAUGAUGAGUGUCCCUAUCAUUUGUCAUGUCAAAACGAGCAAUGCAAGGAUCCAUGUAACUGUGCUCCAGGAGCUCAAUGUAGAGUUGAUAACCAUAGAGCACUGUGUAGAUGUCCACCAGGAUAUACGGGCGAUGCCAGCUUUGCUUGCGAAAAAGAACCUCUUAGAGAUAAUGACCAAUGCAAAAUGGACGCAGAUUGUUCUAGUAAAUUAGCUUGUUUCAGUGGAAUAUGCAAAAACCCUUGUUAUGAGACGAAACCAUGUGCUGCGCAUGCGAUUUGUACGGUACAAGAUACGCUUCCUCUUCGGACAAUGUUCUGCGUAUGUGAAGAUGGAUAUGUUGGUGAUGCCGAAAAACGAUGUUUGCCAGUAUCUACGGACACACCUGAAUGCACUUCAGAUAUUGAAUGCGCCGCGACCGAAACAUGCAGAAACCGAGUGUGCGUAAAUCCUUGCACGGCGUUCAAUCCAUGUGCACGUUCGGCUGAAUGUCUAACUCAAAGCCACAAGGCUAUUUGUGUGUGCCCCAGCGGUAUGGUCGGUGAUCCAUUCCAAAACUGCUACCGCGAACCGGUAAUAGCACCGGAAUGCACCGUCGACUCUGAGUGUGCCAGCAAUCGAGCUUGUAUCAACCAGAAAUGCCAGGAUCCGUGCGCUGAAGGCAACCCAUGCGGUGGAAAUGCAGAAUGUAGAACUCAGUAUCACAGACCACUGUGUACAUGCCCGCAGGGUUGGGGAGGCGACCCAAGACUUCAAUGCUAUAAGCCGGAAUGCCAAAACGACAACGAUUGCCCGUACGACAAGGCUUGCUACAACGAGAAGUGUUUGAAUCCAUGUACGUAUGGUGCAACACAAUGUGGCCGUGGAGCGGAAUGUCUUCCACAGGGUCAUCACGCCAAUUGUAUCUGUCCACCUGGAACUCAAGGUAACCCACUCAUUUCUUGCGUUACUGGACUUUGCCAGUACAAUGAAGAUUGUGCAGACCAUGAAGCUUGCGACAGAUUGAAUAGAGUUUGUCGACCUGUCUGUGAUAACGAAGCAUGUGCUCCAAUGGCCAAUUGUAUUGGUAGAAAUCAUCAGGCGACAUGUGAAUGUAUUCCUGGUUCUCGAGGAAAUCCAUAUGUAGGCUGUGCAAGAGACGAACCGGAACCAGUGUGUCGAACCGAUGGAGACUGUCCAUCACAACAAGCUUGCAUCAACAGUCACUGUAUUAAUCCAUGCACGGAAAUCCACCCAUGCUCACGGCAGCAAUCUUGUACGGUUGUUGACACUUUGCCACUUCGGACAAUGAUUUGUGCGUGUCCUUCGGAUAUGAUAGUGGACGUAAACGGUCAAUGUAAGCCGAUUGUGGUUGAGGGUUGUCGAACUGACAAUGAUUGCCCAGACACAGAUCGCUGUAUUAGAGGACAAUGUACGUUAGCCUGUCGAGCAGAGCCUUGCGGGGUCAAUGCUCAGUGUGUAUCCAACGGACACCGCGCUCUUUGUUCCUGUGCACCUGAAUACGUUGGCAAUCCACACAUUGAGUGUACUCCAGAAGCUAGAGUACCGUCACCCAAGGAAUGCUCACGCGACGACGAUUGCCCUCUGGACAGAUCAUGUGUAAACGAGCGGUGCAUUAAUCCCUGUACCCAAAAUAUGUGCGGUCGAGGUGCAAUUUGUCACGUACGGCAACACGAAGCGGUUUGCAACUGCCCUUCAGGAUAUAACAAGGAUAAUUCCGGCCACUGCAUUCCACCAUCUGCCGAUCUGCCAAAGUGUCGUUCAAGCUCAGACUGUACUUCAAGUGAAACGUGUGUUAACGAAAUCUGCGCGAAUCCUUGUAACUGCGGCCAAAAUGCUGAUUGUUAUGUCAAAGACCAUUAUCCAGUGUGCAGUUGUAAACCAGGCUUCUCCGGAAAUGCACAAUUCGGAUGUGUCAAACUUGGAUGCCAAUCAGAUAGUGAAUGUGCCAAUGACAAACAGUGUUACAAUGGGGAGUGUCUGAAUCCUUGCUCUUUAGAUAAUUCAUGUGCUCUAAACGCCGAAUGUUACGGUGACAAACAUCGUGCCGCCUGUCGCUGUCUGCCCGGAUUGGAAGGUAAUCCGUUCGAUCAGUGCCGUCGGGUAGAGUGUCACUUCGAUGGAGAAUGUCCUGAUAAUCGUGCCUGUAUACAAGAACAAUGUGUUGAUCCAUGCAGUGCACUCACUCCAUGCGCGCAAAAUGCCAUUUGCUUCACUCGUAAUCAUGCUUCCCAUUGCAAGUGCCCAGAUCAUCUUCCUGAAGGAAAUCCGUUUUCUUUCUGUGAACGUCGUAUUCCUGAACCGGAAUGUACGAUGGACGUCAAUUGCCCAAGCCAACGGGCCUGCAUUAACAAUGAAUGUGUUAAUCCAUGUGUGGCGCUUACACCUUGCGCUAGAUCUGCGCACUGCACCGUCCUGAACUCAGUUCCUGUACGUACCAUGGUUUGUGAAUGUCCAGAAUUACACGUGCCGGAUUCGAAUGGAGAAUGUAAACGUAUCGUCCUACAAACGGAGGUGGAAUGUACAAGCGACUCUCAGUGUUCGUCGAACGAAGCUUGUAUCAAUCGCCAGUGCAGAAACCCGUGCAACUGUGGUACACACGCCAUGUGUACUAUAAAGAACCACCGAGGAAUUUGCUCUUGUGAAAAUGGAUAUGAAGGUAACCCGAAUAUAGCAUGCAAAACGAUUGGAUGUCGAGUUGAUUCUGAGUGUGAGUCUAGCAAGGCAUGCAUUAACGGAAACUGCGUUAAUCCAUGUUUGGAUCAUAACCCCUGCGGAAUCAAUGCCGAGUGCUUCGCUGUUUCAAAUCGUGCCGAAUGUCGCUGUUUGAGUGGUUACAGAGGAAACCACUUUGUCCAGUGUACGGUUGUUGAGUGUCGCAGUAAUAACGAUUGUCCAAACGAUAAGCAGUGUCGCAACUCUCAAUGUGUUAACCCCUGCAUUUAUGACAGUUCAUGUUCACCGAGAGCAGAGUGCAAAGCGCAGAAUCAUCUAGCAGUGUGUAGGUGUCCGCUAGGGUUAGUUGGAAACCCGUAUGUGGACUGUCGACCUGAGGUCCUUCCGGAGUGCGUCUUCGAUACUGACUGUCCGUCGCACCUGGCUUGUAUUGACAACAAAUGUAUAGAACCAUGUGGAGCUCUACAGCCAUGUAGUUUGCCAGCAAGAUGUGAAGCUAUUCCCUCUUCGCCAGUCAGGACUAUGAUCUGCAUUUGCCCAGAUGGAUACAUCAGUAGCGGAAGUGGAACUUGUAAGCCAGUAAUCAAAUCAGGUUGCAUAUCUGAUUCAGAUUGCUCCAGCGAUACUUCCUGUAUCAACAGCAUUUGUAGAAAUCCUUGCAACUGCGGCCCCAAUGCCGAAUGUCGAAUUAAAGACCACAAACCAGUAUGCUCCUGCAAACAAGGCUACGACGGAAAUCCUGAGAUUGAAUGUAUCAAAAUCGAAUGUCGUGCCGAUGAUGAUUGUUCAAAUCAACAUUCGUGUAUCAAUCGACAAUGUGUGCCAGUUUGUACAAUUGAUUCUUGUGGAAAACAAGCGGAAUGUUACGGCCAAAACCAUAGAGCAAUAUGCGAAUGUAUGCCAGGAUAUGAAGGUGAUCCUAGGGUUCGAUGCAAGCUACUGGGAUGUCGAGCUGAUUCGGAUUGUCCAUUAGAUAAGGCCUGUAUUAACAGCAAAUGUGAGAACCCUUGUGAGCGACAAGCUAUCUGUGCACAAAAUGAGCUUUGCCGAGUAUAUCAUCACCGUCCAGAAUGCGCCUGUCCACCACCAUUCGAGGCUGAUCCGACUAGAGGAUGCGUACUGCGGGACGAACGAUGCCGUACAGAUGGAGAAUGUCCAUCACAAACAGCCUGCAUUCAAGGUGAUUGCGUAAAUCCGUGCAAUGUAACCGAACCCUGCGGCGUAAAUUCGAUGUGUAGGGUAUUGGAUACUCUUCCUGUUCGUACGAUGAUCUGUGAAUGUUUGCCGGGUUAUCAAGGAAAUGCUGCUAUUCAAUGUGACAAAAUGGCACUUUGCCAAACCGAUCGUGGAUUCAUCCGAAACGCUAACGGUGAAUGCAUAUGUCCUCCCGGGCACGGUCUUACCAUCUACGACGACUGUCAGAUUUGUCAAGAGAAAGAUGGACUAAAGAUAGAUGAAUCAGGACGUUGUGUGUGCGCUUUGGAGCGAGGUAUGGUCAUCGAUGAAAGGGGACGCUGUAUUUGUCCAACAGACUACGGUUAUCGGCUAACCGAGCGUGGCGAGUGUAUCCGUACCGCUGUACCAGAGUGCAUACGGGACAGUGACUGCCCAGAUUGGAGAUAUUGUGACGAACAAAGCAAAACUUGCGAUGAUCCUUGUACGACGAAGGUAUGCGGAAAGAAUGCGCUCUGUAAUGCAACCAACCAUCAAGCCGUGUGUCAGUGUAUCGCUGGGUACACAGGAAAUCCCGAGGAGCAUUGCAACCAAACCACCGGUUUCCGAACUGAUUUCCCACAACCAGAUAUGCAAGUUACUUGUCAAGCGGAUGGUGUACAAGUUGUAAUCGACCUGAUGGAAUCGAACUUUAACGGUGUGUUGUAUGUGAAAGGCCAUAGCAAAGACGAAGAAUGCCGACGGGUUGUCAACCUAGCAGGUGACUCCUCUCAACGUACGCAGAUAUUUAAAGUGCAUUUCGGAAGCUGUGGCUUAAUUCACAUCAACGGUAUAGCAAGCUUCGUACUGGUGAUUCAAAAACAUCCAAAAUUGGUAACAUACAAAGCUCAGGCCUACCAUAUCAAGUGCGUCUAUCAGACGGGCGAACAGAAUGUGACUCUCGGGUUCAACGUUCAGAUGUUGACUACGGCCGGUACGAUUGCCAACACGGGGCCACCGCCAACGUGUGCUAUGCGAAUUGUUGCUUUCAAUGGUGAAGAAAUAAAUUCAGCCGAAAUUGGUGACAAUUUGCGACUGCAAGUCGAAGUGCAACCAGCGACAAUAUAUGGAGGAUUCGCUCGCAGCUGCGUGGCCAAAACGAUGGAAGAUAGCGUCGAAAACGAGUACGUUGUAACAGACGAGAAUGGUUGUGCUACAGAACCGAGCAUAUUCGGUGACUGGGAGUACAAUGCCGAAACCAACAGUCUGCUAGCUAGUUUCAACGCAUUCAAAUUCCCUUCGAGUGACAACAUUCGGUUCCAGUGUAACAUUCGCGUAUGUUUUGGACGUUGUCAACCAGUCAACUGUCACGGUGCCAACGCAUUUGGAAAGCGCAGAAGACGUGCUAUCACUGACAUGAACGAAAUCGAACUGAUACUGAACAGAACUAGACGAGCUGCUAGUACAGCGUUGGCGUCUGAAGAUACGUUGGGUAUUGAAGGAACGCUUCGAGAAGAAAUUACUGUAGAAUCGAAUGCAAUUCUAACACUCGAAAGGAAGGAAGAUCGAUCCUACGAUUCAGACAAUAUAACUCCUGCUGCUCAACGGGUCGAAGAUAUUUGCGUGUCGAUGAUUGGGCUAAUCAUUGCAUUAGUCAUAACUGCACUGCUGGCUCUUGUGGCCGUGGCAGUGGCAGUUUCAUGCUGGCUCAUGGCCUAUAGGCGACGUCCAACAAUAACCGGACCGUUGCCGCAUCCACCGGAGUUCCCGAAUCCGUUGUUUGCGCACCAAGAACCCUCCGAGGUGUCUCAUAAUUACAUGACGUAAAAAAGCUCAGUUCGUAAACCAAAUGUCAUUGUAAAUGUCAAAUGUACUAAAUGUGUAUAAUGUGUUUUAAAGCUGAAACAUCAAAUCCGACCAAGAAAACAACGAAAUCCGAACGAAAGUAUAAAGUUUUAAGAUAGGAUACUCGAAAUACUGUAAAUAUACACCUUAAAAAUAAUAUGCUUCGGGACAGUUACAUCACAAGAAUAGGAAUGGUGCUUUAACCUAAUCGUGCCGAUCGGAAUGUCCAUUAGUUUUUGCAACAGCUUAGGAAUGCAAAGUUUAUCGUAGACCUACUCGUUUUCAUAAAUAUACGCGAAAUGUCACCAACCGUACCAAUAGAGCAUUUCCGCUCGUUCCCGCUUCCCGUUGUAACCUCAUGUAAAAAGCAAACUAAGAUCGAGAAACCUGACGAAUAAAAGGCAACCUCAACCUCGUUAGUAAAUAGGACACAUAUAGCACCACUUGUCUCGUUUCUCGAUGAUCCUAUACCGGCGGAAAGAGCUGAAAUGUCGUAGAAACGAUACACUGCCAGUGCACUUUGCGCCCAGUAAUUCACGCACGGUUGGUGAUUUUCCGUGAACCAAUUACAACAUCUCCUCCGCGGGCCGUAACUAGUCUUUUAUUUAUUAAUGUUAUUAUUGUACUUAGUUAGAGAUGGAUCUAGCACUUUCAUUGUGUCUAUUGAACUGAACACAAAUCCUUCGUCCACAGUCGAAGGAUACCCGUUUUCUUUCCGUACUAUGCUGCCUUAUUCGUCUGAAAUAACGAAAUAAGCAUUGCAAUACCAAAAGUUGUUCAUCGAGAUCCUCAUUUGAACCCGAAUUCAACUAAAAAUUUCCGAACAGCACGCUAUUCACCUUCGCAUUUCCACUUACGAACAAUGUUGUCGGUAUGAUUCCACUAAAUAUAGUUGUUUUAGUUGUAAUUUAUUAAAAUUUUUAUUAUUAAUCGAAAAAUACGCGAACUCGACCCCCGGAGGAUUUGUAUAACCUAGAUUAAUUGAAAAGAAAAACAGAUUUAAUUCAGUUGGAACUUUGUGUGUACCCUUGAGGUGGCGAAGAAUCAAUAUAGACAGAUCGUAGUCAUUAUACAACUAACCUAUCAUUUAAAGAUCGAAACUAUACGAGAUUCACAUUCCGAUAUUACCUGUACUUUCGAAACUGCCAUUUUAACUAUGAAAAGAUCAAUCACGGAUAGCCGUCCCGAUUCAUCCCAAUUUAAAAAUCGAAAAUGUGAAAGAAGCAGCGAGCUUUCACUAUAUUCGCUUUGAACACUGGGAUGUUCAGACUAUCUGUUCCGAAUUGUAUCUGAACAAAAAUGCUAAUUACAGUUGAAUCUUACUGCCCUUCAGAAUAGUGCACAUACGCGAGUAAAACAUUAGAAAAAUUUUUAAUCUUCGACUAUGUACCGGAAUCGCUUUAGUUUUUUGCUCGGUUCAUUAAAAAAAAUGUUGCAGUCUCCAAGAGACACAAACAUUAGCAGAAAAAGAAAACCACUUUCCGUAACCCUAACAGGUAUUCUUCGAUUCCUUUUUAUGGCUGGCAAUGCCAAGAUAUUUAAAGUUAUUUUAACUGAUAAUAAUGUCAACUAUCAAGACUGGAUUAACAUUAAUCGAGGUAAAACGAAGAAGCAGAAUUCGACAAUAAGAAUAUAAACGUUUUCCUGAAUAAAAAAGAUUACCACAGAUAUUUUCGGCACAAUAUUUAAAAACAAAUGCAAUUUUCCCAGUGUAAUAAUUUUUAUCACCAUGUAUAGUUCAAGUGAAACAUUCAAGUAUCACCUCAAGCAAAAACGUUGAUGGAAUAAAAAAUCUACUAAUA